CCCGCGAGUUCCACAUUACCGGCGGUAGUGGACAUCGGGUUUUAUUCUCCCGAUAUUUAACACGCUCUGCGUGUUUGUUCGUUAGUUCGUUUGUUUUUUUUUCUAAUAAUUUUUAAAAAUAAUACACUAACAAAAUUUAAAAGAAAAAAAUAUUUAAUAAAUAUAAUCAUAGUUUUUAAAUCACUUAAAUUUUUUAACUAAUUUUUUUUUCUAAAACCGUAUUGUGUAGUGCUACGAGUAAAAGUGAUACGUUAUAUUAAUAUAACUACAAUCGUUUAUAUAUAUUUUGUGUUCGCGUUUAUUCGCACUGUGUGAUACAAUAUCAUGUACAUCGAACACACGUGACAGAAAAUGCCAAAUUACGUGAAAAUGAAAUGCAUCCUGCCUGCAGUGUUAUGGCUGUGGCAACUCCUAAGUUUGGUAAAUGCUCAAGGCGGAAUUGGAUUUGGAAUAAAAAGAGAGAUAUUCUUUUUGAACUUGGAAGACGGAUACUUUGGAUGUCAAGUGAACGAGUCUACGACGGUAUUGCAGUUGUAUGAGCUUUCCAGGCUAUGCGAUGGCAAACAAGACUGUUACAAAGGGUCCGAUGAACUGAGACGAGAACUCAAGUGCACGAACGACUGCGAGGCUAAAGAAGGAACGCCCUGUCAGAACGGCGCGUGUCUCGACUCCCUUUGCCAUUGUAACGACGGAUACGGUGGAUGUUCGUGUCAAGUGCCAGACGAGAACGAAUGCAAGUACAGGCCGUGCGACGUGUUCGCCCACUGCACCAACUCGCUGGGCAGCUUCACGUGUUCCUGUUUUCCAGGAUACGUCGGCGACGGGUUUCACUGCCAAGAUAUCAACGAAUGCGAGGAUCCAGCCAUCGCUAGUAGAUGCGUACAGAACGCCGAAUGCUGUAACUUGCCGUCUCAUUUCUUGUGCAAAUGCAAGCCCGGAUACGUCGGCGACGGCGAAGUCGAGUGCAAAGACAUCGACGAGUGUUUGAGACCGGACGCUUGCGGCAACAACGCGAUUUGCAGGAACACGCCAGGAAACUACACGUGCGACUGUCAACCAGGAUUUGUGGGCAACCCGUACGACGGGUGUGUGGACGUAAACGAGUGUAGUUUGCCGAACGUUUGCGGUCCCGGUUCUCUGUGCACAAACUUUCCAGGCGGACACCACUGUGAAUGUCCGGAAGGGUACACGGGCGAUGCGUAUGGCGCCGGAUGUCACGACGUGGACGAAUGUUCGCGGUCGCCCUGCGGCAAAGACGCGCAGUGCCACAACAACGAAGGCAGUUUCCGGUGUUCCUGUCCUCCGGGAUUCGUGGGCGACCCGUUCCACUCUUGUAAAGACGUGGACGAGUGCGAGUCUUCUCCGUGCGGCCCCAACGCCGUGUGCGCGAACGCGGCCGGCAACUACACGUGCUCCUGCGCGACCGGAUAUGCCGCGUCCGCGGAGGAAAUGAGAGCCGGAAGUGGAUGCGCGGACGUCAACGAGUGCGUGGCGCCAUCCAGCCCGUGCGGGAUCAACGCCAAAUGCACGAACGUCCCCGGAUCGUACACCUGCCAGUGUCCGCCCGGGUUCACCGGGUCCGCGAUAGAUCACUGCCAAAACGUCAACGAAUGCGAGCAUGCGUCGUGCGGUAACAAUACUAUUUGCACGGAUACCGUCGGAAGUUUCGUCUGUUCGUGUAAAGAAGACUACACAGGCGACCCAUUGAAAGGAUGUCAUGAUAUCAACGAAUGCGAAAUCUUUAGCAAGCCAUGUGGUCCUAACGCGGUCUGUGAGAAUACCAGCCCCGGAUUUAAUUGUCUUUGUCCACAAGGAUAUUCUGGCAAACCGGACCCAAAAGUGGCCUGCGAACAAGUCGACGUGACAGUUUUAUGUAAAUCCAACUUCGAUUGUACCACUAAUGCUGAGUGCACCGAAGGUCAAUGUUUUUGUAAGAACGGGUUCGACGCCAAAGGAUCAGUGUGUGUAGACAUUGACGAAUGUCUUGCUCAACCAUGUGGACCAUAUUCGAUGUGUUCAAACACCCCCGGCGGAUUCCAUUGUCAAUGUCAAACAGGUUACGUGGGUGCCCCACCGAGAAUUCAGUGCAAAGCUCCUUGUGAAGACGUCAAAUGUGGAACACACGCCUUUUGCAAACCUAACGGUCAAGAAGCGUACUGUAUAUGUGAAGAGGGGUGGACAUAUAACCCAAAUGAUUUAUCUUUAGGAUGUGUUGAUAUCGAUGAAUGUGACAAAGUCAAUGGACCGUUUGGACGGUGCGGAGGAAAUACGUUAUGUACAAAUACACCGGGAAGUUUUGGGUGUCAAUGUAAACCUGGAUUUACUGGAAAUGCCUUCAAACAGUGCACUGAUAUAAACGAAUGUACUGACACCAACAGUUGUGGAAAAGAUGCUCUAUGUAUUAAUUUACCUGGGUCGUUUGAUUGCGUUUGUCCCGGAGGUUCCAUACCCGAACCAGAUCCGUUUAUUAAGUGUACCAAAGCUAUAAACUGCACGACUGAUAACCAAUGUCCAGGAAAUUCUGUUUGCAGUAAUCAAAAGCGUUGUUUCUGUCCCGAGCCAAACGUCGGUGACGAUUGUAGACACCCAUGUGAAGAUGUGCAAUGUGGUCCCAAUUCUGAGUGUAUGUUACUCAACAAGGAUGCUCAGUGUCUAUGUUCAGCUGGAUACACAGGAAAUUCAAACACAGGAUGUACAGAUAUUGACGAAUGCAAGGGUAAUCCUUGUGGCCCAGGAGCAGUGUGUAACAACGAACCGGGAUCGUUUUCUUGUCAAUGUCCCGGUGGAAUAAGUGGAGACCCGUUCAGAGAAGGAUGUUCUCAAGCGAAAAGUCCUACACAAUGUAGUGCGAAGUCUCCUUGUCCGGGAUCUGAGAUAUGUGUUCAAGAUGAAUUUGUUGGUGAGAGUGUUUGUAUAUGUCAAAGAGGUUACAUGAGGGACCCAAAAACAGGCAAAUGCAGAGACGCCAACGAAUGUACGGAACUUAGAGACAAACCUGCCUGUGGAGUUAAUGCCGUAUGUAAGAAUCUUCCUGGCAGUUAUGAGUGCCAGUGUCCUCCAGGCUUCAACGGGAACCCUUUUUCAAGCUGUGAAGAAUGCAAUUCAUUAGAAUGUCAAUGUAGACCACCGUAUCAAAUUGUUAACGGGGAAUGCACAUUGGCCGGUUGUAAUAAAGGAAAAUGUCCAGCCGGCGCUGAAUGCAUGUCUAUUGCUGGCGGAGUAAGCUAUUGUGCUUGUCCAAAAGGAUAUAGACCUAGAGAAGAUGGAUCAUGUUAUGAUGUUGACGAAUGUGAAGAAAAAAUACAUUCAUGUGGAUACGGUGCAGAAUGUAUUAAUAAACCCGGCACACAUGAAUGUUUAUGCCCCGAUGGUUAUAGUGGAGAUCCACACCAUGGAUGUUCUCGUAGUCAAAAGAAAUGUAUAAAAGACUCAGAUUGCUUAUUAAACGAAAAUUGUAUUCAACCAGGAGUUUGCGUUUGUCCCGUACCAUACUAUACCGAUGUUCUCGACAAUAAUCGUUGUAAAAGUCCUUGUGAUCGAUUUCCAUGUGGCGUGAAUGCACAAUGUACGCCAAGUGAUCCUCCAAAAUGCUUGUGUCUACCUGGAUAUAAAGGAGAUCCUUUGCAUGGUUGUGAGGAUGUCGACGAAUGUAAAGAUAAUCCGUGUGCCCUAGGAUCACAAUGCAUAAAUGAAAAAGGCCAUUACAAAUGUAUUUGUCCACUCGGUACAAACGGUGAUCCUUAUUCUGUUGGAUGUUUAGGAAAAGAAGCACCAGAGUCUGAAUGUUCAACGGACGACGAAUGCGUCGCUCAAUUAGCAUGUGUCAAAGGAACUUGUACAAACCCUUGUAGUCUUUUACCUUGUGGUCAAAAUGCUUACUGUGAAUCUGAAAAACAUGCUGCAUGGUGUAGAUGUAGUGCUGGUUAUGUAGAAUCUAUAUUUGGUGAAUGUGUGUCACCGUGUGACGGAUAUAUUUGUGGCCACGGUGCACAAUGUAUAGUGUCGGCACAAGGACCUACAUGCAAAUGUUUAGAAGGUUCUAUUGGGAAUCCAUUUGCUGGAGGCUCUUGUGAGCCUGAUGCUUGUUCAAGCACCAGCCUUUGUGUCGCACCUAACAUUUGCGUUGCUGGACGAUGCAAAGAGAAAUGUCAAGAUCAUUUCUGUGGUAUUGGGGCUAGUUGUAACCACGAAACUAACGAUUGUGUUUGUAAUCCAUUGUUCAUUGGGGAUCCAAAUUACUUGUGCAUGCCUCCUAUCACAAUGCCUUCGUGUUAUCCUGGAUGUGGAAUCAAUGCACAUUGUGAAUACGAUGUGUUGAACGAAAAUAAAUGUGUUUGCAAUUCUGGAUUCAUUGGAAAUCCAUAUCAUGAAUGUGAUUCUCAAUCUAAAAAAUCUUGUUCAAAUUUGACAUGUGGAACUGGUGCAUUGUGUAAAGAAAAACUAAAUUCUAUUGAAUGUAACUGUCCAUCAGGAUUUAAAGGAAAUCCCUAUGUCCAGUGUGUCGAUAUUGACGAAUGUUUGAUUUCGGCUUGCGGUAACAAUGCGGUUUGUAUCAACACAAUUGGAAGUUAUGAUUGUAGAUGCAUUGAAGGUUAUGUGGGAAAUCCAUUUUUAGAAUGUUCAGCUAAGACACCACAAAUUUGCCACGACCCAUUAACUUGUCAAUGUUCAAAAAAUGUCCCAUGCCCAAUCGGAUAUGCUUGUAAACAUGGCAAAUGUGAAAACCAAUGUGAUAAUAUCAAGUGUGGUGUUAGAGCAGGAUGUGUAUUUGGGAAAUGUGUAUGCCCACCAGGGUUGAUUGGCGAUCCUAAUAAUUUUAAAACCGGGUGUAAAGCUCAAGGCCAAUGUACAAACGAUGGCGAUUGCAAAGAUACAGAAAUAUGUUUCCAUAUAAAUAAAGAAGCAAGGAAAUGUGUUGAUGGCUGUAGUAAAUUACAGUGUGGACCCAAUGCAGUUUGUGUAACAGAAGGUCAUCGAUCGUCGUGCAUUUGUACUGAAGGAUAUUUUGGAAAUCCUGGAGACUUAUACCUAGGUUGUAAACUUGAAAGGGUGGCACCUAAAGGAGAAUGUAGAACAGACAAAGACUGCAAUUCGACCAGCAAAGUAUGUUCCAUAAUAUCAGAUGGGAUAUCUUCUUGUGUUAGUGCAUGUACUCGAGUAGCAUGUGGGCCAGAUGAGAUUUGUUUAUUGGAAAAAAAUGGCGCACCCGUUUGUUCAUGUCGUCCGGAGUUUGUAUGGAAUCCAGUUAUAUCCAAGUGUGAACAGCCUUCGUUGCCCGACUGCUCAGUCGACGUUGAUUGUAAAGAUAAUGAAUCAUGUAAACCAGAUGCUUUGGGAGUGUUAAAAUGCAUAUCAGUAUGUAUUGAACUAACGUGCCCAUUCAAUUCAAUAUGUGUAGCUAGUAAUCAUGAAGGUAGCUGUCAAUGUAUGCCAGGGUAUGUUGGAAACACAAAUGACCGAAAUGGUUGUCACCCUGCAAAGAAAAAUAGUUGCCAACAAGACGUUGAAUGUUUACCGACCGAAGCUUGCUUGGAAGAUCCAGCAAACAAAUUAAAAUCAUGCAAACCAGUGUGUGAUCAUACUGUAUGUGGCCUAAAUUCUAUUUGCGUAGCAAAUAAUCAUGUAGCUCAAUGCCAAUGUCCUCCUGGUACAUUUACUGGUGACCCUUAUGACUCAAAUGGUUGCCAAGAAGUUUCAUGUGUAUAUAAUGACGAUUGUCCACAAACACAAGUUUGCAACAGACAAUCACAUUCGUGUAUGAAUGUAUGUGACAAAGAUACAUGCGGGACUAACUCAGUGUGUCUCGCUGAUGGACAUAAGUCAGUAUGCCAAUGCCCACCUGGUUUUAAACCUAAUCCUAUUCCUGAAAUAUCUUGUGAAGCCACUGAAGUAUGUGAUGCAUCUACGUGUCAUUUUACUGCCAUAUGUGAAUCUAAUCCUAAUUCAGGAUACAUAUGUAAAUGUCCACCUGGCCAUAUUGGAGAUGCUUAUACGGAAGGAUGUAGAGAGGAAGGAUUAUGUCCAAAUGGAAAUAUCGAUUGUCCGUUGUUAAGUGUCUGCCAAUCAGGUAGAUGUGUGAAUCCGUGUGAAAAAUCUUGUGGAAUAAAUACAAUAUGCAAUAUCAUUGAAAGAAAACCCAUAUGUUCGUGUCCCGAUAAUUUUGAGCCUAUUCAUGGUGAACCAAAAAUUGGAUGUGUCAGAUCAGUUACUAAGUGCUUUAACGAUUUAGAAUGCAAAGGUGGUGUUUGUUCCAAUGGAGAGUGCAAAGUGGUUUGCCGAAACAUUGAUGACUGCUCUUCCGGUGAAAGAUGUGUACAAAACAAAUGCGAAAUUCCGUGCGCUGGACAUUCUCAAUGUAUGGCACCACAAGCGUGUAUAAAUGGAGUUUGUACAAUUGGAUGUCGAAGUAAUAAGGAUUGUUUAAGCAAUGAGUCGUGCAUAAAUGCAAAAUGUCAAAAUCCAUGUAAACGUGAUGGUGUGUGUGGAAUAAAUUCAAAAUGCAGUGCUAUUGAUCAUAACGUUAUUUGCACCUGUAACAAAGGAUUCCAACCAAAUCCGGUUCCAGAAGAGUCAUGUGUGCGAUCGAACAGUAUAUGCCAUAAUAAUUUCCAAUGUGGAUUAGGCCAAGAGUGCAGUGGAAACAUAUGCAAGGUUGUAUGCUUGAGUGGAAUGGAUUGUGCCGAAGGAGAACGGUGUUCAAGUAACAAAUGUGAAAAAGUUUGUUUUACUGCGAGUAAUUGUUUGACUGGAGAAGUUUGUGUGGAAGGAAUCUGCAGACAAGGGUGUUCUUUAGAUUCAGAUUGUGAUGUUAGUCAAAUAUGUAUUGGCAACAAGUGCAGAUGUGGUAGUGGUUAUGAAAGCUCACCCACUGGUUGUAAGGAUGUCGAUGAAUGUACGCAAAAUCCAUGCCAUCCAAGUGCUAAAUGCUUGAAUACUCCAGGAUCUUUUCAAUGUUCAUGUUCUGGUGGUAAAGUAGGAGAUCCUUACACUGAACCUGGUUGUAAUAAACCAAAUGAGUGUAAAAAUCAUGAAAACUGUGCUUCAAAUUUGGCUUGCGUAAAAGGAAAAUGCACAGAACUCUGUAAAGAUGCAUGUGGAAAUAAUGCAUUAUGUAAUAUGGUUGAGCAUGUGCCAGCAUGUACUUGUCCAUCAGGAUAUUUAGGAGAUGCUUUUGAUAAAAAUGUUGGAUGCUUCAAAGUUGAGUGUCUGGCAAAUGAAGAUUGUCCAAAUGACAAAAUGUGUCAAACCAAUAACAACAAAUGUACAAGCCCAUGUGAUUUAUUAAAUUGUGGUCAUGGAAAUUGUAAGGCGAACAAACAUAAAGGCAUAUGUACUUGUUAUAAUGGAUAUGAAUUAAAAAAUAAUAAAUGUCAAGAUGUUGACGAAUGCAAGCAAAGCCCAUGUCAUAAGACAGCAAGAUGCGAAAAUACACCUGGAUCAUUUACGUGUGUCUGUCCUGACGGACUGUUGGGCAAUCCAAAUGCCGAAGGAUGUCACUAUCCAAACAGCUGUACUGCUAACAACGAUUGUCCAGAAAGUGCAAUUUGUCACCAAAAUCAAUGCAAGAAUCCAUGUGAAGAUAACAAAGUAUGUGGUCGUAAUGCAGUUUGUUCAGUUCAGCGUCAUGAAAUCCAAUGUCAAUGUCCUUUAAAAACACAGGGUGAUCCAAAGGUGGAGUGCUUGAAUAUUGAAUGUUCAAACAACAAUGAUUGUACUUCAGGAAAAGCUUGCGUAAAUUCCAAAUGUGUGAAUCCGUGUUCUGUACCAAAAGUUUGUGGAGAUAAUACAGAUUGUAGUAUACAGAAUGAUGCUGCUAUGUGUAACUGUAAAGCCGGGUACACAGGUGACCCUCAUUUGGGAUGUACGUCAAUAUUAUACUGUGCAUCUAAUAGUCAAUGUCCCACUACAACUAAAUGUAAUAAUGGGAUAUGUACAGUGGAAUGUAACUUGGCGAGAGAUUGUGUAGGAAAUGAGCUUUGUAUCGGAAAUAUAUGUCAACCAACCUGUCACGGUAAUACUAGUUGUCCAGAAUUUCAAUAUUGUCAAAAUAAUAUCUGUGUUCAAGAGUUGCGUUGCUUUACGAAUAAUAAUUGUGAAAAUACACAAAUUUGUAAGACAAAUACAAUUGGACAGACCCAGUGUAUUGACGUAUGUGAAGAAGUGAUUUGUGGAAGGCAUGCUGAGUGCUCAGCGGUUGACCAUCAACCAGUAUGUAAUUGUGAGCCUGGUUACCAUGGAAAUCCACAUAUUGGUUGCCACAAAAUUGAAUGCUACGAAAACGAAGACUGUACAAAUGAUAAAAUAUGUGAAGAUCACAUGUGUAAAAUAUCAUGUCUUGCAAACAACCCAUGUGGACCAAAUGCUUUGUGCUCCGCGGAAAAUCACCAACAAGUUUGUUAUUGUCAACCAGGAUAUACAGGAGAUCCGUAUUUCGGUUGUGAUGUAUUGGAUUUGUGUGAAGCAGCUCCCUGUGGACCAGGAGCUAGGUGUGAUAACUCUAGGGGUUCCUUCAAAUGUCUCUGUCCACUUGGAACUGUAGGAGAUCCGUACAAAGAUGGUUGCCAUUCACCAGUUGAAUGUCAAAUAGACGAAGACUGCCCACCAGCAGCACACUGUGUUCAAACUAAUGGUAUUCCCAAGUGUCAAGACAAUUGUGAAAAAGUCAAAUGUGGUCCGAAUGCUGAGUGUGGAACAUCAGCACAUUAUGGAUCCUGCAUAUGUCACCCAGGAUAUCAAGGAGAUCCAAAUGAUUUAAAUGUUGGAUGUAGACCAAGGGCUGUAGCGUGCACUUCUAAUCAACAAUGUCCGAGUAAUACAUACUGUUACAAUGGGGCUUGUAAAUCAUCCUGUCAAUCGGAUGCAGAAUGUGGUCUUUCUGAGCAAUGUUUACAAGGCCAGUGUAAUAAUCCAUGUGAACGACAAGGCUCAUGUGGGUUAAAUUCCCAUUGUAAUGUAAUCAAUCACGUUAAACACUGUUCAUGUCCAGCUGGAUUUACUGGUGGCAGUGAAAUUGAAUGCGUUCGAAUUCCUGUUGCUUGUGAAAUAAAUGAAAAUUGUUAUCCAAAUAGUACAUGCCAUCAAUCUGUUUGUCAACCUGAUUGUCAAGCCGACAACCAUUGUGCAUUAAAUGAAAAAUGUUUUAAAAAUCAUUGUGCAUUAACUUGCAGAGUAGAUAACGACUGCUUUUUAGGACAUAUAUGUCUGAACAAUAUGUGUUUAUUUGGAUGCAAGUCCAACGAAGAUUGCGCUUCCGUUGAGUCUUGCAGAGAUAAUGUGUGCACAAAUCCAUGUGUGGCGAUGCCCUGUGGACCCAAUGCCAUCUGUACGGUUGCUAACCAAAGGGCCAUGUGCUCUUGUCGAGUUGGAUUUGUCCCCAAUCCAACAGCUAAAGUUGCAUGUAUAAGAACACCUGCUGAGCCAUGUAACGAAAAUCAAGAAUGUCCGGCGGGUUACUCAUGUAAUGAUAAUUCCUGUCAACCCGUGUGUUCUUCUGACGCCAGUUGUCACGGAAAUGAGAAAUGCGAUAUGUCAGUGUCUAUAUGUAAACCGUUGUGCCGGAAGGACGACGAUUGUCGAAGUGGGGAAAUUUGUAAUGGAUUAGUGUGCAACGUUGGCUGUAGAAGUGACACCGACUGUCCACAUGACAGAUCUUGCAUUAACAACAAGUGCAGAGAUAUGUGUGAAUCCCCGACUGCAUGUGGUGUGAACGCAUUAUGUUCAAUUUCAAACCACCAAAAACAAUGUAGCUGCCCUUUACUACUCGAAGGUGAUCCUCUGUUCGCUUGUAGAUAUCCGAUGAUAAGCUGCAAAGGAAACAGUGAUUGUAGUUCAGGCCAAACUUGCUAUACAUCUACUUGUCAAGCAGUGUGCCGAACGGACUUGGAGUGCUUAUCUGAUGAACGGUGUCAUAACGGAAUUUGCAAGGCAGUGUGUAAUUCAGACUCUAAAUGUAGUCCUAAUCAGAUAUGCGAAAACCGUUUGUGUGUUGGAGGUUGUCACAGCGAUACUUCAUGUCCCGAUGAUCAAGCGUGUAUCGACAAACAAUGUAGAGCUCCUUGUGACGGCGCUACUACUUGUGGCCCGUGUGCCGAAUGUAAAGUCAUUAAUCACGGAGUGCAGUGUAGUUGUAUGGCUGGGUUUAACGGAAACCCAUUAAUCGGAUGCGCCAAGUCUAUUUUAAAAUGCGAUGGAACAUGUCCCUGUGAUUUGGAAACAGGAUAUUGCAUAAAACGGUGUACAGCUAAUAAAGACUGUUCAUGUGGAGAAAUAUGUAACAAAGAUACGUGUACAACGAAAUGCAGUUCCAGCACGAAUUGUCCAACAGGUCAUAUAUGUUCUGAUGGACUAUGCGCCGUCGGAUGUCGUUCUAAUGCAGAUUGUGCUAAUGACCGGUCUUGUCAAAAUGGCAAAUGCAAAAAUCCUUGUGACGUCGUGUCGGCGGGGAUACCGUGUGGAAACAAUUCGGAAUGUCAUGUCAACGAUCAUAGAGCUGUUUGCAUGUGUCCCGACGGGUUCCAGGGAGAACCAAAUAUUGAAUGUGUUAGGUAUACUUGUGACAAGGAUGACGACUGUGAGACGAACAAGAAAUGCGGUUCAGACAAAGUUUGUAGAAAUCCGUGUUUGGAGCAAGGUGCCUGCGGAUCAAAUGCACAAUGUAGAGUUACGAAUAGAAUGGCUUAUUGUACGUGCCCACUUGGAUAUUAUGGAAAUGCUCAACUUGAAUGCAAGCCAGGAACGGCGGAUAAGUGCGCAUCGAACCCUUGUGGACAGAACAGCCGGUGCAAAGACAUUGCCGGUGGUUACGAGUGUCUCUGUCCUCCUGGAUGUACGGGUGACCCUAGCAAGCGGUGCGUGUGUGAGCAAGCCCAACAGCGGUCGGACCCUUGCAAAAGUGUCGUGUGCGGAAAACACGCGCUCUGCCAACCGCUGAACGAUCAGGACGCCAAAUGCUAUUGCCCGACCGAAUAUCCCGCGGGAAAUCCAUACGUGCAAUGUGAAAUGAAAAAAUUGCCCUCCGACUGCCGGACAAACGGCUGCGGCAAGGGUGCAGGGUGUAAGGCGAUCGACAGUGCAGGAUCGACGGUGUACGUGUGCCAGUGUCCGCCCGGCACGACGGGUUCUCCGCAAAAAGAGUGCUCCCAAGUGGUCGAAUGCGCCGACGACGGUCAGUGUACAAACGAAAAGACGUGCAUCGACGGACGUUGCGUCGACGCGUGUAGCGUGAGAGACACCUGCGGCUUGAACGCUCUAUGCCGGCCGGUGUUGCACAGGGCCCAAUGCGCGUGCCCGGACUGUUACGCGGGCGACCCGGCGGUGGGAUGCGCGCCGGACCCGGGCAGCUGUGUACAGCGCGCCGGCGACGGGCCGACCGCGGCGUCACGGUGCGCCGUGGACGCGGACUGCCCGUCGUCUCGGGCGUGCAGCCCGGUGGACGGUGCGUGUCGUGACCCAUGCGACGGGCUAUCGUGUGAACUGCCCCGGGCCUGCGUGGUCCGCAACCACCGGGCCCGGUGUGCUUGCAAGCACGGUUUCGCCGUCAGCGAGCUGGGCGAGUUGUCGUGCGCGCCCGCCGAGCGCGAGUGCCGGGCCGACGCUGACUGCGCGCCGCAACUCCGGUGCACGGGACAAGGCCGGUGCCAGAGCCCGUGCGACAGUGGUGCCGGUGGUGCGGGCGGUCCGUGUCCGGCCGACAAACGGUGCCUGGUACUCGACCACCGGGCCGUGUGCGUGUGCGCCGACAACUGCGCGCCAACCGCGUCCAUGUGCCUCCGGGACGCCGGUUGCCCGGAGCACGAGGCGUGCGUCAACUUUGCGUGCGUCGACCCGUGCGCGAACGUCACGUGUCCCGCGGACGCCCCGUGUGGCGUGGACGGGCACCGGGCCGUGUGCAAAUUCUGUCCGGCCGGUUACAGUGCCGAUUCAAAGUCGGGAUGUCUGAAAGUGGUCGGAUGCUCCGCGCACUACGAAUGUCCAUCCGGACAAGCAUGUAUUGCGAAUCAGUGCCAAAACCCGUGUCAACACAACAAUCCAUGUAAUUCACAACAAGACUGUCAAGUACAAGACCAUCAACCAGUUUGCUUGAAACUGUGCCAAUGCCAAAAGAACGUACACUGUCAAAACGGUUACGUGUGUGAUGGAUGCAACUGCGUGCUAUCGAGUCAAGAUCCUGUUGCGAUCCCGGGGUGCGACCAUUGCCCCACCGGUGUACCAUGUGAUACGGUAACUGGAGCUUGCGCUAAAGUAACCUGCAAUACGAACAACGAUUGUACGAACGGUGAAGUUUGCAUCCAGCAAAUUUGCCAAAACCAGUGCAACGUUCAUAACCCGUGCGCUCAAAACGCAGCAUGCAUUAACACCGCUCAUGGAGUCGAUUGUAGCUGCGUAGAAGGAUUUCAAGGCAACGGAUUUGUAGGGUGUCUGCCAGUUCGAUCAUACAAGCCCAUUUGCCAAUACAACGAAGACUGUCCGCCAGAUAAAUUAUGUGAUCGAUUAAAUCGCGUAUGUAUAAAUCCGUGUGCUGAAGACUCUUGUGGUGAAAAUGCUGAGUGUUAUCCUGUAAACCACGGUACAGAAUGCAGAUGUUUACAAGGCCAUCAAGGAAAUCCAUACAUCUCGUGUGCAUCAGUCACCGGAUGUCGGUCGAAUAAUGAAUGCUCAACUAAUGAAGCGUGCAUCAAUGGAAAAUGCUCUAACCCAUGUCGAUGUGGUCCAAAUGCUGUCUGCGACGUUGUAAACCAUAAGGCAACAUGCAAGUGUCUUGCAGGCUACAACGGAAAUCCAUUAUUAGGAUGUCAAGUACCUCAAAAUCCAUGCGAUCCAAAUCCUUGUGGAAUGCAUGCUCUUUGCGAAAUCGACAAUGGAAAUCCAAUUUGCUACUGUCCGAAAGGAAUGACAGGAAAUCCAUUUAAAAGUUGCAUUCCUGAAGGUGAUGAAUGCUCACCAAAUCCAUGUGGUCCCUACUCUGGAUGCAGAGUAGUUCAAGGUUCUGCAGUUUGUUUCUGUUUAUCUGAGUAUGAAGGGGAUCCUCCCAUCACACCUUGCCGUUUACCAAGCAAUCCUUGUACACCUUCUCCAUGUGGACCUAACACUCAAUGUACAUUGUUGGAUAAUGGAUUUGCCAAAUGUACAUGUUUACCAGGAUACAUCGAGAGUCCAAACACAAUACGUGGAUGCGUAGAGAAGAAGAAUCCAUGUGAACCAAACCCAUGUGGACAAAGUGCCGUAUGUGAUCCAAACAGGCAACCAUCAUGUUUCUGCCCAGAGCCAUUAAUUGGAAAUCCAUAUAAGUUUUGUGGUGAAUCACUGAAAACCUUAUGUCAACCUGGACCUUGUGGUGCAAAUGCAGAUUGUUAUGUAACUGGAAGCAAUGAACAGUGUUAUUGUAAAAAUGGCUAUUCAGGAAACCCUUACGAUGGUUGUAUUUCAAUUCCAAUGAGUCCGUGUGAACCAAAUCCAUGUGGAAAAUAUGCAUACUGCAAAAUUUCAUCAGAAGGAAAACCAUUAUGUUCCUGUCCUGAUGGUAUGGGUGGAGACCCACUAACAGGAUGUAAAGGCCCGGAAUGUACAACUAAUGAUGACUGUCCAUGGGAUAAAUCAUGCUUAGGCUACAAAUGUAAUAAUCCAUGUCCAGGAGCGUGUGGAGUAGGUGCUUCGUGCAAAGUUGAAAAACAUCGCCCUGUAUGUACAUGUAAUCGUGGACUAACUGGAAAUCCAUUCUUCCGCUGUUAUCAAAUAAGUUCGGAUCCAGCUCCAACUGGAAAUCCAUGUCUACCUAACCCAUGUGGAAUUAAUACUGAAUGUAAAAUCCAAAAUCGUAAACCUGUAUGUACAUGCCUAACAAAUUUCGUUGGAGAUCCUAAGACUGGAUGUCAGCCUGAGUGUGUUUUAAAUACUGAUUGUAAGAAUCAUCAAGCUUGUAUUGAUUACCGAUGUCGAGAUCCAUGUGCAUUUGGAAACAUUUGUGGUCUUGGAGCAGUAUGCCAAUGCAAAGAUCAUACACCACUAUGUUCUUGUAGAGAAGGUUUUGUUGGAGAUCCAUUCCUACAAUGUUUACCAAAACCUGAUGACGAGCCAUUUAAAAAUAUGACUCUGCCUUGUGCACCUUCACCAUGUGAUCCAUAUUCUUCAUGUAAUGUGUAUGGUGGUCAAAUAGCAAUGUGUGAUCCCUGCUCUUCAAUUGAACAACAAUGGAAUCCACAAUGUCAUCCUCAAUGUUUAUACAACUCUGAUUGCCCAUUCAAUUUAGCUUGUGUGGGACAAAAAUGUAUUGAUCCUUGCCCAGGAUCCUGUGGUAUUCAAGCUGAAUGUACUGUUGUGUAUCAUAAUCCAAUUUGUUCAUGCCAAUCGGGACUAAUAGGAAAUCCAUACGAACACUGUACUACUCCAAAACAAAAUGAUGUGGCUAAGCCUAUUUCAUGUGAUCAAGUGCAAUGUGGAGCAAAUGCUGUAUGCAAAAAAUCAAAUGGAAUGACUAUUUGUGUUUGCCGUCAACAAUAUUAUGGAAACCCGUACUUAUCAUGUCGGCCCGAAUGUGUUAUAAAUACUGAUUGUGGUCAAACAUUAUCUUGUAUUAAUAACAAAUGCGUUAAUCCUUGCUUGGGUGUAUGUGGUGUUAACGCGCAAUGCCAAGUAGUUAAUCAUUUCCCCGUAUGUUUCUGUCAACAAGAUUAUUCAGGAGAUCCUUUUGUUAGCUGUUAUCAAGCUGCUAGACCAAAUUAUCCACCAAUAAUGGGCCCAGCAGAUAAUGCUUGUGACCCCUCUCCGUGCGGUUCUAACAGUCGCUGUCAUAUUUCGGAACAAGGAUUCGCAACAUGUUCGUGCUUACCAGGAUAUCGUGGCUCUCCACCAGUAUGUAAACCAGAGUGUGUAGUAAGCGCGGAAUGCCCGCAAACUCAAGCUUGCUUAAAUCAAAAAUGUGUUGACCCAUGUCCUGGUACAUGUGGUGUUGGAGCUAAUUGUCAUUCUAUUUGCCAUAAUCCGAUCUGCAGUUGUCCACCAGGACACGUCGGUGAUCCUUUCGUUAGCUGUCAUUUACCACUUGGUGAAGAAACUCCUAAAGUACCUGGAAAUCCUUGUGAACCUACACCAUGUGGUCCAAAUUCGAUUUGUGAAAUUAAAAAAGGUCAUCCAGUUUGUUCAUGUUCUCCGAAUUAUAUUGGAAGUCCACCAUAUUGCCGUCCAGAAUGUAUAAUGAAUCACGAAUGUCCACAUAACAAAGCUUGCAUUCAAGAAAAAUGUCAAAAUCCGUGCACAAAAUCAUGCGGCUUGAAUGCUAAAUGUGAUGUUGUUAAUCACACGCCAUUCUGUACCUGUGUAUCAGGUUACGAAGGAGAUGCAUUUAUAAGCUGUACUAGAAUUCCACCAACUGUGUUACCUGAAAUUCCAAGAGAUCCAUGUAACCCUUCACCAUGUGGUGAUAAUACUCAAUGUUUUAGUGAAAAUAAUGGAGUCUCAAAAUGUGUUUGCAUACCACCUUAUAUCGGCAACCCUUACUCUGGUGGUUGUAGGCCAGAAUGUUUGAUGAAUAGUGAUUGUAUGUCAAACUUGGCAUGUUUGGCUAGCCAUUGUCGAGAUCCGUGCCCAGGUGUAUGUGGUCUCAAUGCUCAAUGUAAUGUUGUUAGUCAUAUACCAGUCUGUACUUGUUUCCCCGGAUAUAUCGGAGAUCCAUUCCAAUCUUGUAGAAUAGAACCAAUUAAUCCACCAACUCCCCAAAAUCCUUGUGAACCUUCACCUUGUGGUCCAAAUAGUCAAUGUCGUACUCAAGGUUAUAAUGCAGUUUGCUCAUGUACACAAGGUUUUAUCGGAACCCCUCCUUCUUGUCGACCAGAAUGCGUUGUAAGUGCUGAAUGCCCAGUAGAUAAGGCGUGUAUAGCACAAAAGUGUUCAGAUCCUUGUCCUGGAACAUGUGGAUUACAUGCUCGAUGCAAUGUAAUUAAUCACAAUCCCAUUUGUACUUGUCCACCGAAAUUCGUGGGUGAUCCAUUUGUUAGGUGUAUUCAAGAAGAACCUAAAACUCCUCCAGUCGUUUACCAAGAUCCUUGUUUCCCGUCACCUUGUGGUGCUAAUUCUGAAUGUAGAGAACAUGAUAGUAGACCUGUCUGUUCAUGUUUACCGGGAAUGCUUGGAGCUCCACCAAACUGUCGGCCAGAAUGCUUAAUUCACGCUGACUGUCCAACUAGAUUAGCUUGUCUGCAGAGUAAAUGUCGAGAUCCUUGUACCGGAUCUUGUGGAUUCAAUUCUAGAUGCACUGUAAUCAACCAUCAACCAGUGUGUUCAUGUGAACCGGGCUACCAAGGAGAUCCAUUUAAUGGAUGUAAUGCUGUCGCAGCAAAACCAAAAGGAAAACCACGCCUGUCUUGUUAUGGUACUACUUGCGGCCAUAAUGCAAUAUGUAAGAGCAAUAUUAACAAUGUAACUUGCAUUUGUAAGAAUAAUUAUCUCGGGGACCCAUACAUUGGAUGCCGUCCUCGUUGUACACUCAGCGCAGAAUGUCCUAGAUCAUUUGCUUGUGUUAAUUCUGAAUGCAUCGAUCCGUGUAAAAACGCAUGUGGCCUGCGCGCUCGUUGUCGAGUAGUCAACCAUAGCCCAAUUUGCUUUUGUCCAAAUGGCAUGACUGGCAAUCCACUAACAAUAUGCAACAAGAUAUCAAAUUGUAAGCAUGCCUUCUUCCAACCCACUCCAAAUUCGCUUUGCAUGCCAAAUCUCUGUGGGCCAUUCAGUAAUUGCUCAAUAAUCAAAAACCACGUUGUGUGUUUAUGCCAGUAUGGUUAUACUGGUACGCCACCCAACUGCAAACCAGACUGUGUGAUUAGCUCAGAAUGUGCACCAAAUAAAGCUUGUGUUAAUCAACGGUGCACAGACCCUUGUUCAGGUUUAUGUGCACCCAACUCCGAUUGCCGGGUAAUUAAUCAUAAAGCUAUAUGUGUUUGUAAACCUGGUUUUAGUGGCGAUCCUAUGAAACGGUGUCUCAAAACAGAAAAAUGCUCGGACAAUAACACUAAUCCAUGUGAUAAGAACCCGUGUGGACCUUAUUCGGUCUGCCGUUCUUAUGACAAACAACCCGUAUGUUCUUGUCAAUCUGGAUACAUGGGUUUACCACCAAAUUGUCGUCCAGAAUGUACUUUGAAUGCAGAUUGUAAUCGUACAAAGGUGUGUGUUAAUAACCGCUGUACUAACCCAUGUCCGGGUAGUUGUGCGCCUCAAGCAUUUUGCAGUGUGGUCAAUCACAGACCUUUGUGCAUGUGCCCUGAAGGAUUUACUGGAGAUCCUUUUAAAAUAUGUUAUCGUUUUUUAGCUUUCGAUUAUACGCCUGUAACUCCUUGCAACCCUUCACCGUGUGGAGCAAACGCUGUAUGUAAAGAAUCAAAUGGUGCCGGUUCUUGUUCAUGUAUCCCAGAAUAUUUUGGCGAUCCGUACUCUGGAUGUCGACCAGAAUGUGUAAACAAUCUCGAUUGCGCAUGGAAUAAAGCAUGCAUCAAUUACAAAUGUAUAGAUCCUUGUAUUGGUGCUUGUGGUUUAUAUGCUGAAUGCAAGGUCAGCAAUCAUGCUCCAACUUGCUAUUGUUUGCAAGGGUACACUGGAAGUGCUUUAUUAUCAUGUCAUAAAAUUGAGUUUGAUCCAACAUGUGAAGUUGAUUUGGUUAUUACGAAAAACCCUUGCAUGAAAUCGCCUUGUGGGCAAUACAGUCAGUGUCGAGCUGUAAAUGGCCAUGCAGUAUGCUCUUGUUUACCUGGAUACUUUGGAAAUCCUCCAAAUUGUCAUCCAGAGUGCAUAACUAGUUCAGAUUGUCCACAAGAUAAAUCAUGUGUAAAUCAAAUCUGUUCAGACCCAUGUCCAGGCACAUGUGGUUACAACGCACAAUGUCGAGUUGUAAAUCAUAGUCCUAUAUGUAGUUGCUAUUCAGGUUAUUAUGGUGAUCCAUUUGUUCGUUGUGCUAUUAUUGAAAAGCCUUCACCACCAGAACAGGAUAGACUACCACAGAACCCUUGUGUUCCAUCACCUUGUGGUCCAAAUUCUAUAUGUCAUCCCAAAGAUUAUACUCCUACCUGUUCUUGUUUACCAAACUAUAUUGGUCGACCACCUUGCUGUAGACCAGAAUGCACAAUAAAUGCCGAAUGCUUUGGCAAUUUGGCUUGUGUUAAUGAAAGGUGUAUAGAUCCUUGUCCCGGUUCCUGUGGUAUCAACGCCUUUUGUAAAGUGAUUUCCCAUAAUCCUGUAUGUAAAUGCAAUGACGGGUAUACCGGUGAUCCAUUUAUAGCCUGCCGACCGACACCAAUUUCACUACCACCACCAGCAGAUGUGCCAAGUGAUCCGUGUAACCCAUCACCAUGUGGGGCAAAUGCUAUUUGCAAAGAAAGAAAUAAUGCUGGAUCUUGUACAUGUAUUCCUGAAUAUACAGGGGAUCCUUAUACAGGAUGUAGACCAGAGUGCGUGCUAAAUAGUGAAUGUCCUAGAGACAGAGCUUGCAUAAACAAUAAGUGUCGUGACCCAUGUCCAGGAAUGUGUGGUUUAUAUGCUGAAUGCAGAGUUAUCAACCAUUCUCCUUCAUGUGCUUGUCUUCCAGGAUAUACUGGCAAUCCAUUGUCUGCUUGUCAACUUCUCCCAGUUGCCAGCCCAGAUCUACCACCUAAAAACCCUUGCAUACCUUCACCUUGUGGCCCGUACAGUCAAUGCAGGACAGUAAAUGACCAUGCCGUUUGUUCAUGUCAAACAAAUUAUAUCGGUACACCCCCAGCUUGUCAUCCAGAAUGUAUGGUUAGUUCUGAAUGUGCUCAAGAUAAGGCAUGUGUCAAUCAAAAAUGCGUAGACCCAUGUCCCGGAACCUGUGGCCUCAAUGCGCGGUGUCAAGUUGUCAACCAUAAUCCUAUAUGUAGCUGUUCAGCUGGAUAUACUGGUGAUCCAUUUGUCCGGUGUUUACAAGAAAAACCAACAUAUUACGACGAACCAUUAAUUCCGACUAAUCCGUGCGUUCCAUCUCCAUGUGGACCUAAUUCUUUAUGCCGCGAUCACAGUGGAACUCCUGCGUGUUCAUGUUUGUCUAAUUAUAUUGGUCGGCCACCAAAUUGCCGCCCAGAAUGUACAAUUAAUGCUGAAUGCCCUGGAAAUCUCGCCUGUGUUAACGAAAAAUGUCGAGAUCCUUGUCCUGGCUCAUGUGGAAUAUACGCAACAUGUAAUACAGUAAAACAUGUACCUCAGUGUGUUUGUCAAAAUGGAUACACUGGAGAUCCAUUUAGUGGAUGUUCACUCAUACAACAAAUUCCAACUGAAGGACCUAAGAUGCCUUGCAACCCAUCGCCAUGUGGAGCAAAUGCAGUAUGUAAAGAACGAAAUGGUGCUGGCUCUUGUUCGUGCUUACCGGAAUAUUUUGGAGAUCCAUAUACUGGAUGUAGGCCAGAAUGUGUGACCAAUUCUGAUUGUGAUCGUAGUAAAUCUUGUAUGAACAAUAAAUGUCGCGAUCCAUGUCCAGGAAUCUGUGGUUUGAAUGCAGAAUGCAGAGUUAUUAACCACUCGCCAUCUUGCUAUUGCCCAGUGGGUUAUACUGGAGAUCCAACGUUAUCUUGCUACAUUCAACCAUUACUUGAUCCAGAACCACCCACAAAUCCAUGUAUUCCUUCACCAUGUGGCCCUUACAGUCAAUGCAGACCUGUCAAUAAUCAUGCUGUAUGUUCAUGCCAAACAGAUUACAUUGGAACACCGCCAUCAUGUCGGCCAGAGUGUAUGGUGAGCUCUGAAUGUCCCCAAGAUAAAGCAUGUGUUAGAAAGAAAUGUAUAGACCCAUGCCCUGGUACAUGUGGAUCAAAUGGAAGAUGUCAAGUAGUCAAUCAUAAUCCAAUUUGUAGUUGUCCUCCCGGUUAUAACGGAGAUCCAUUUAUAAGGUGUUUCAAAGAACAACCUCCACCAGCUGAUAUACCAACCAAUCCGUGUGUGCCAUCGCCAUGUGGUCCAAAUUCAGUAUGUCGUGAAAUUGGUCACACCCCAGCAUGUUCAUGUUUAGAUAGUUACAUUGGACGACCACCUAAUUGUCGACCAGAAUGUACCAUCAAUGCUGAAUGCCCAGGAAAUUUAGCAUGUUCAAAAGAAAGAUGUAAAGACCCGUGUCCUGGUUCAUGUGGAAUAUAUGCCACGUGUGUAACGAUUAACCAUAGUCCACAAUGUAACUGUGAACCAGGUUAUACAGGAGAUCCAUUUGCUGGAUGUUCAUUAAUACAACAAGUUGUUCCAACUGAAGGACCUAAAAUGCCCUGUAACCCAUCGCCAUGUGGAGCAAACGCUAUAUGCAAAGAACGUAAUGGAGCAGGAUCUUGUAUAUGUUUACCAGAAUAUUUUGGUGAUCCUUACACGGGAUGUAGACCAGAAUGUGUGACUAAUUCAGAAUGUGAUAGGAGUAAAGCAUGCGUAAAUAAUAAAUGCCGUGAUCCUUGUCCUGGUACUUGUGGACUUAAUGCAGAAUGUAGUGUCAUCAACCACACACCAUCGUGUACAUGUUUUCCAGGUUAUACUGGCAAUCCUAUUACCGCAUGUCAUAUGCCACCACCAAUGGAUGAAAUACCUAAAAAUCCAUGUGAACCAUCACCAUGUGGGCCUUAUAGCGUAUGUAGAACUGUGAAUGACCAUGCAGUAUGUUCUUGUCAAACUAACUAUAUUGGUACUCCUCCGGGUUGUCGUCCAGAAUGUGUAGUUAGUUCGGAAUGUCCUCAAAACAGAGCUUGUAUUAAUCAAAAAUGUUCAGACCCUUGUAUUGGAAUAUGUGGUAUAGGCGCCAGGUGCCAAGUCAUAAAUCACAAUCCGAUUUGCAGUUGUCCAAGUGGUUUAAUUGGCGAUCCAUUUGUUCAAUGCAAAUCAGAACCACGACCAACUCAGCCACCACCUAGUGGAAAUCCUUGUGUUCCAUCCCCAUGUGGUCUGAAUUCAAUAUGCCGUGAAGUUGGCUCAACACCAGCAUGCUCUUGUCUGCCAAACUAUAUAGGAAGACCACCAAACUGUCGCCCAGAAUGUUCGAUAAAUGCUGAAUGUCCAGGAAAUCUUGCUUGCUUAAACGAACGAUGCAAAGAUCCUUGUCCUGGUUCUUGUGGGGUACACGCGACUUGUGUAACACGUAAUCAUAGACCACAGUGUACUUGUGAAACUGGAUAUACUGGAGAUCCAUUUGCUGGAUGUUCCAUAGUUCAACAAAUUCCUCCUACUGAAGGACCGAGGGAUCCAUGUAAUCCGUCUCCAUGUGGAGCUAAUGCUAUUUGUCGAGAAAAGAACGGUGCCGGUUCUUGUGUUUGUCUCCCUGAAUAUUUCGGUGAUCCGUACACGGGAUGUAGACCUGAAUGUGUUACAAAUGCAGAUUGUGAUCGUACAAAAGCAUGUGCAAAUAACAAAUGUAAGGAUCCAUGUCCUGGAACAUGUGGCCUUAACGCAGAAUGUAAAGUUCUAAACCACGCACCUUCGUGCAGUUGUAUACCUGGAUACACUGGUGAUCCGUUGAGCAUAUGCCAUGUUAUACCCAUAACUGAAGCUACGCCGAUAGAUCCUUGUGUUCCAUCACCAUGUGGACCUAACAGUCAAUGCAGAGAACUAAACGAUCAUGCCGUUUGUUCUUGUUUAAGUUCUUUUAUCGGUACACCCCCAUCUUGUCGUCCUGAAUGCGUUGUCAGUUCAGAGUGUAGUCAAAACAAAGCUUGUGUUAAUCAAAAAUGUAGCGACCCCUGCAUUGGUACUUGCGGCCUGAAUACAAGGUGUCAAGUAGUAAAUCACAAUCCCAUUUGUAGCUGUUCCCCCGGAUAUACGGGCGAUCCUUUUGCUUCUUGCAAUAAAAUACAACCCACAACCACUCCUUCACCGCCUACAGCCCCUUGCUCUCCGUCACCUUGUGGACCUCACUCUCAAUGUAGAGUGGUGAGCAAUACAGCUGCAUGUUCUUGUUUGCAAAACUACAUUGGUCGGCCACCCAAUUGUAGGCCUGAGUGUGUUAUUAGCGCGGAAUGUUCAAGUAACUUGGCAUGUAUCAAUGAAAAAUGUUCUGAUCCAUGCCCAGGAUCAUGUGGACAAUAUGCUCAUUGUAGAGUCAUCAAUCACCACCCAGUUUGUACUUGUUUACCUGGGUACACUGGCGAUGCGCUUACAUAUUGCCAACUGUUACCUACCUCUACCGAAAGAUCACCAGAAGCUGUAGAUCCUUGUUAUCCAUCACCGUGUGGUCUAAAUUCAGAUUGUGUCAACCGAAAUGGAGUAGCUGCUUGUACGUGCUCUACAGGAUUCUUCGGUGAUCCUUACACAGGAUGCCGAAGAGAAUGUGAAAACAACGACGAUUGUAAUUUGGCUUUGGCUUGUAUUGGUUAUAAAUGCAUAGAUCCUUGUCCAGGAACAUGUGGUUCUGAGGCAUUAUGUACAGUUGUGAAACAUAUACCUAUUUGCUCUUGUCCACCAUCUUUUACUGGUGAUCCAUUUACUUCUUGUCGUCCGAUACCAGUUAUCCCAACACAAAGAGAACCGAUUGACCCAUGCCAUCCAUCCCCGUGUGGACCUAACAGCCAGUGUCGUAAAAUUAACGAUCAAGCCGUUUGCUCUUGUUUACCAAAUUAUAUGGGUAGUCCACCAGUAUGUAGACCUGAAUGUGUUGUCAGUUCAGAAUGUCCUUUGGACAAAGCUUGUACAAAUCAAAAAUGUUUGGAUCCUUGUCCAAAUACUUGCGGAAUACAAGCCUUGUGUACUGUGAGAAAUCAUAACCCAAUUUGUGCAUGCCCAGCUGGAUAUUCUGGAGAUCCGUUCUCACAUUGUGCCUUAAUACCUACUACGCCAACACCUCCAGUAACCGAACGUCCAGCAUCGUGUUAUCCAACACCUUGUGGACCUAAUUCACAAUGCCAGAUACAAAAUGGAAUCCCUGUAUGCUCAUGUCUACCAGACUUCAUUGGCUCACCGCCUUCAUGCAGACCUGAAUGUGUUAUAAGUGCUGAAUGCCCAAGUCAAUUGGCUUGUAUGAACCAAAAAUGCCGUGACCCAUGUAUGGGUUCAUGUGGAUUAAAUGCGAAUUGCCACGUACUAAAUCAUAUUCCAAUUUGUACUUGUAAUAAUGGACUGACAGGAGAUCCAUUCGACUUUUGUACACAAAUACAAAUAACUACCGAGAGACCAUUAGCAUCUGAUCCUUGUAAUCCAUCACCUUGUGGGCCAAAUGCGAUCUGCAAAGGAAAUGGAAAUUGCGAGUGCUUGCCAGAAUAUACAGGAAACCCAUAUGAGAAUUGUCGUCCAGAGUGUGUGUUAAACACCGAAUGUUCUAGAGACAAGGCAUGUAUGAGAAAUAAAUGUAGCGAUCCAUGUAUUGGAACUUGCGGUCAAGGUGCCAAUUGUGAUGUAGUGAAUCACAUUCCAAUUUGUUCAUGCCCGACCAAAUAUUCAGGAGAUCCGUUCACAAUCUGUCGACCUGUUCCAGAUGAUGUUCCUGUAUCAAGUGACCCGUGUAGUCCAUCACCGUGUGGUGCUUAUAGCCAAUGUCGAAACUCAGAUAAUCAUGCAGUGUGUUCUUGUUUACCAAAUUACAUUGGUGCACCACCAUCAUGCCGCCCAGAAUGUACUGUCAGCUCUGAAUGUAAUCCAGACAAAGCAUGUGUAAACAUGAAAUGUAUCAACCCGUGUGUAGGGGCUUGUGGUUCUGGAGCUAGAUGUGAAGUAAUUAAUCAUAGCCCAAUCUGCAGUUGUAGAGAAGGACAAACUGGAGAUCCAUUCCGAAGCUGUUAUACGAUACAAAAACCAGUUCUUCCACCUCAAAACGAUCCACCGAAACUUCCCUGUGUCCCUUCACCAUGUGGUCCGAAUUCUCAAUGUAUAGCUUCGGGAAAUAACCCAUCAUGUUCAUGUUUACCAUCUUAUAUUGGUGCUCCACCAAAUUGUCGACCAGAAUGUAUAAUAAACCCAGAUUGUCCAUCAACUCUUGCUUGCAUUAAUAACAAAUGUAGAGAUCCGUGUCCAGGAUCUUGCGGAAGUGAUGCCCAUUGCCAAGUUGUUAAUCAUGCAGUUUCGUGUCUAUGUCCCUCUGGAUUUACAGGAAAUCCAUUUGUUCAAUGUAUUUAUCAACAAGAAAAUUUAAAUCCAUGUGAACCAUCUCCAUGUGGUGCAAAUGCAAUAUGUAAACAACAAGAUGGUGCCGGAUCUUGUUCUUGCAUUAAUGAUUAUUAUGGAAACCCAUAUGAGGGUUGCCGACCUGAAUGUAUUCACAGUUCGGACUGUCCAACAAAUAAGGCAUGUAUUGGAAAUAAAUGUGUGGAUCCUUGUCCUGGUGUAUGUGGAGUAGAUGCUGUUUGCACGGUUAUUAGUCAUGUGCCAACUUGCAACUGUAUAUCUGGGUAUAUAGGAAAUCCAUUUACGUACUGCCAACCUCAACCUCCAACAACUCAAGCCACAGUGUAUGACCCUUGUCAUCCAUCACCUUGCGGCCCUAACAGCCAAUGUAAAAAUGUAAACCAACAAGGAGUAUGUUCUUGUCAAAUAGAAUACCAAGGGACUCCGCCAAAUUGUAGACCAGAGUGUGUGGUAAACAACGAAUGCCCAUCGAAUAGAGCUUGUCAUAAAUUCAAAUGCACAGACCCUUGUCCUGGAACGUGUGGACUAAAUGCUCGUUGUGAAGUUAUUAAUCACAGUCCAAUUUGCACAUGUUCACCUGGUUUAAUUGGAGAUCCUUUCACAAGAUGUUAUCCCCAACCAGUGAAACCACUAGAUGAACCGGUGAUACCUACAAAUCCUUGUAUUCCCUCGCCAUGUGGACCGAAUUCUGAAUGUAGACCAGUUGGAAAUCAACCAUCAUGUUCGUGUCGAACAAAUUACGUCGGUGCUCCGCCAAAUUGUCGACCCGAAUGUUCCGUUAAUUCUGACUGUCCUUCCAUGUUAUCUUGUAUAUCAGAUAAAUGUAGAGAUCCAUGUUAUGGAUCUUGUGGUUUAAAUACAGACUGUAGAGUUCAAAAUCAUAUACCAACUUGUACAUGUAUCACUGGACACAAUGGUGAUCCAUUUACGCAAUGUAUUCCAAUAAUAGAACAACCAACACUAGCCACGCCUACCGAUCCAUGUAAUCCAUCACCGUGUGGAUCCAAUACUCAAUGUUACAAUGGAGUUUGUAAAUGUCUGACAAACUAUUUUGGAGAUCCAUUAAUAGGUUGUCGGCCUGAGUGUACAAUGAACACGGAUUGUCCUAGAAAUAAAGCAUGUUUAAACCAAAAGUGUCAGGAUCCUUGUCCAGGCACUUGUGGUCAAGGUGCCAUAUGUGAUGUCAUUAACCAUAUUCCAACCUGCAGUUGCCCAACUGGUACAGCUGGCGACGCAUUUGUUAUUUGUAGACCCGUUAAAGUUCAAGACGAACCAUCUAGAGACCCAUGUAAUCCUUCUCCAUGUGGGCCAAACAGCGUUUGUCGUGUAGUAGAAGGACAUGCUGUCUGUUCCUGUCAAAAUAGUAUGAUCGGUUCACCACCUUCUUGUCGACCAGAAUGUGUUGUUAGUGCAGAGUGUCCUUUAACCCAAGCAUGUCUCAUGAGCAAAUGCCGUGAUCCAUGUCCUGGAACUUGUGGCCACCUUGCUAACUGUAAAGUAGUAAAUCAUAGUCCUAUUUGUACUUGUCCACCACAGCAUAGCGGAGAUCCAUUUAGGAGUUGUUAUCCUGUUCAAGAAAUAAGACCCACACCAUCAGCUGAUCCAAUUAAUGUUUGUGUCCCAUCACCGUGUGGACCCAACUCUGAGUGUAGAGAUCGUGGAGGAGCACCGGCGUGCUCGUGCUUGUCAAAUUAUGUUGGAACGCCACCAUCGUGCAGACCGGAAUGUACAAUUAAUCCAGAAUGUCCUAGCCAUUUAUCAUGUAUUAAUCAAAAGUGUACAGACCCUUGCCCUGGUUCAUGUGGCUCAAAUGCUGCAUGUUCUGUGAUUAAUCACACUCCCAUGUGUUCUUGCAAUAAUGGAUUUACUGGAGAUCCGUUUACUUAUUGUCAAUCAGUCCCGGUAUACCAAGAACCUCUAAACCCAUGCAUUCCUUCCCCCUGUGGAAUGAACGCUAUAUGCAAAGAGUAUAAUGGUGCUGGUUCGUGUAGUUGUUUACCAGAAUAUAAUGGAAAUCCAUAUGAAGGCUGUAGGCCAGAAUGUGUUAUAAACUCUGACUGCACACCUCAAAAAGCUUGUGUGAAAAAUAAAUGUCAAAAUCCGUGCGCUGGAACUUGUGGUCAAAACGCAGAAUGCUACGUGACUAAUCAUUUGCCAUCUUGUACUUGUAUACCAGGUUUUACUGGUGAUCCAUAUAAGUACUGCAUCCUAGCUCCACCACCACAACAACCACAAGCGGAUCCAAUUAAUCCUUGUGUUCCAUCACCAUGUGGACCAAACAGUCAAUGUAAGGAAAUAAAUUACCAAGCAGUUUGUUCAUGCCUACAAUCAUAUGUGGGGAGUCCUCCAAACUGUAGACCAGAGUGUGUUGUCAACUCAGAAUGUGGCAAACCCAAAGCGUGCCGAAAUUUAAAAUGCGUUGACCCUUGUUUAAAUGCUUGUGGGUCUAAUUCAAAAUGUAAAGUAAUAAAUCAUAGCCCCAUGUGUUCGUGCAAAGAAGGAUUUACUGGUGAUCCAUUUUCAAGCUGUUAUGCUAUACAAUACUUGCCAUCACCACCAGUACAAAAUGAACCAAUUAACCCAUGUAUACCAUCACCAUGUGGCCUAUACUCAUAUUGUAAAGAUUCCAAUGGAUAUCCUUCUUGUUCCUGCCAAGAAAAUUAUAUUGGUUCCCCGCCAAAUUGUAGACCCGAAUGUACAAUAAACGAAGAAUGUCCAAAAGAUAAGGCUUGUAUGAAACAAAAAUGCCAAGACCCAUGUCCAGGAUCAUGUGGUGUUAAUGCUAAUUGUAACGUUUAUAAUCAUAACCCAAUAUGCUCGUGUAUUGAAGGUUAUACAGGAGAUCCGUUUACCAGUUGCUAUAUAAAACCAACAUCUCCUCCUAAGCCGCAAUAUGAUGAUCCAUGUAACCCAUCCCCAUGUGGAUCAAAUGCAUUAUGUAAUAAUGGUGUUUGCUCCUGCUUGAGUGAAUAUCAAGGCGAUCCAUACUCUGGCUGUCGUCCAGAAUGUAUUUUAAAUACAGAUUGUCCCAUUAUUAAAGCGUGCAUCAAUAAUAAAUGUAAAAAUCCAUGCCAAGGAACAUGUGGAUUAAAUGCAAUUUGUAAUGUUUACAAUCAUAUUCCGAUGUGUACGUGUCCACAAGGCAUGAAUGGAAAUGCAUUUAUUCAAUGCAUACCUAUUCAAGCAUCCGUUGAAGUUAUCAACCCAUGUGCUCCAUCUCCUUGCGGACCAAAUAGCCAGUGUAAACAAGUGAAUGGUGUAGCGGUGUGUUCAUGCAUAUCUGGAUACUUGGGUGCACCACCUUUAUGUAGACCUGAAUGUACAAUAAAUUCUGACUGUGGUCUAAACGAAGCUUGUUCAAAUCAAAAGUGUCGAAAUCCAUGUCCUAGUAUUUGUGGAAUUAGUGCAAAAUGCCAAGUCAUAAAUCAUAAUCCAAUUUGUAGUUGUCCACCAGGAUUAAUUGGUGAUCCAUUUACAAGAUGUUAUAAUAAACCUGCCGAUUUACCACAAUACGUUGGUAAUCCUUGCGUUCCGUCUCCUUGUGGACCGAAUUCGCAGUGUAAGGUUCAAGGCGAAUCGCCAUCAUGCUCAUGCCUACCUAAUUUCAUCGGAUCACCUCCAAAUUGCAAGCCGGAAUGUAUUACCAAUAGCGAGUGCUCAUAUAAUUUAGCUUGUGCUAAUAUGAAAUGUAAAGAUCCUUGUCCAGGUUCGUGUGCCCCAAAUGCUGAAUGCCAUGUAGUAAGCCAUUCGCCAAUAUGCAAAUGUCCAAUUGGAUACGUAGGAGAUCCGUUCACGCAAUGCAUUGUACAACAAGCUGAUCCAUUACCACAAGAGUAUUUAAAUCCAUGUGUACCAUCCCCCUGUGGAACAAAUGCAAUUUGUAAAGAACAAAAUGGAGCUGGAUCGUGUACGUGCUUGCCCGAAUACUAUGGAAAUCCAUAUGAAGGAUGUAGACCGGAAUGUGUUUUGAAUACAGACUGCGCGUCAAACAAAGCUUGCUCUAAUUACAAGUGUAAAAACCCAUGUCCAGGAACAUGUGGUCAAAAUGCAGAAUGUCAAGUAGUUAAUCAUUUGCCCAUGUGUUCUUGCUAUCAAGGAUAUACUGGUGAUCCAUUUAGAUACUGUCAUCAAAUACCUCCUCCACAACAAACUGAAAUCGAACCAAUUAACCCAUGUUCACCUUCUCCGUGUGGGCCAAAUAGUCAAUGUCGGGAAAUUAACCAUCAAGCUGUUUGCUCAUGCCUUCCGACGUACGUAGGGAGCCCGCCUGGAUGUAGACCAGAAUGUGUAACAAACUCAGAGUGUGCUUCGAGUAAAGCAUGCAUAAAACAGAAGUGUUCAAAUCCUUGUCCAGAACCAUGUGGACAAAAUUCAAACUGCAAAGUUAUCAACCACAGUCCUGUGUGUUCGUGUAUCAAUGGUUUUACUGGAGAUCCAUUUAUUCGCUGUUAUCAAAUACCUCCACCUCCACCACAGUUUGAUCCAGUUUAUGUAAACCCUUGCGUUCCAUCACCAUGUGGUCCUUAUUCUCAAUGUAGAGAACAGAAUGGCUAUCCAUCAUGUUCAUGUUUAGCUGAAUACAUAGGAAGUCCUCCAAAUUGCCGUUAUGAAUGUACAAUUAAUGCAGAAUGCCCCAGAGAUAAGGCGUGUAUGAAGCAAAAAUGUCAAGAUCCGUGCCCUGGGUCAUGUGGUGUAAACGCUUUAUGCAAUGUGGUAAACCAUACACCAAUUUGCUUGUGUCCUGAUAACUAUGAAGGCAAUCCUUUUGAAAAUUGCAGGCCAAAACCCAUGGAUGUUCCAGAACCAGUGUAUUCAGACCCAUGUAAUCCAUCGCCUUGUGGUCCUAAUUCUGAUUGCUAUAAUGGUGUUUGUAAAUGUAAACCUGAAUUCCAAGGUGAUCCAUACUCUGGAUGCAGACCUGAAUGUGUACUAAAUAACGAUUGUCCCAGAAACAAAGCAUGCAUAAAAAAUAAAUGCAAAGACCCAUGCCCUGGAACCUGUGGAACGAAUGCUAUCUGUGAAGUUUAUAAUCAUAUACCAAUGUGUAGAUGUCCUAAUGGAAUGUAUGGAAAUGCUUUUAUCAAUUGUUUAGUACAACAAGAUAUUAUCCCAGUAACGAAUGCAAAUCCAUGCUAUCCAACUCCAUGUGGACCUAACAGUCAAUGCCGAGAAAUAAAUGGACAAGCUGUAUGUUCGUGUACAAUUGGCUAUUUAGGAGUACCGCCAUCGUGUAGACCAGAAUGUACAAUAAAUUCUGAUUGUAACUUAAACGAAGCAUGUUCAAACCAAAAAUGUCUUGAUCCAUGCCGUGGUGUUUGUGGAAUAGGAGCGAUCUGCCGUGUAUAUAACCAUAAACCUAUCUGUAGUUGUCCUCCAGGACAGACAGGAAAUCCAUUUUCUAAUUGCCGUCCAAUACCGGUUCAAGACCCGAUACCUGUAGAACAUCCAUGUGUUCCUUCUCCGUGUGGGCCCAAUUCGCAAUGCCAAAUUAAAGGACAGUCGCCUUCGUGUUCUUGUUUACCUGAAUUUAUUGGUUCACCACCGAACUGCAAACCCGAGUGCAUUAGUAAUGGAGAAUGUCCAUAUCAUUUAGCAUGUAAAAAUAUGAAAUGUAAAGACCCUUGUCCUGGUACCUGUGGACAAAACGCACAAUGUAACGUAGUAAGUCACUCUCCUCAGUGUACCUGCUAUCCAGGGUAUAUUGGAGAUCCUUUCACGCAAUGCACAAUACAACAAGCAGAACCAAUAGAAGAGACCCUGAACCCUUGUAUUCCAUCACCUUGUGGAGCAAAUGCUAUUUGCAAAGAGCGAAAUGGCGCUGGAUCCUGUAGUUGCUUACAAGAGUAUUUUGGAAAUCCUUAUGAACUCUGUAGACCCGAGUGUACAGUUAACACUGAUUGCCCAUCGAAUAAAGCUUGUAUGGGAAAUAAAUGCUUAGAUCCAUGUCCAGGAACAUGUGCCCAAUCCGCAAUUUGUCACGUUUACAACCAUUCACCGACAUGCUCGUGUAAUUAUGGAUACACAGGAGAUCCGUAUAAAUAUUGCAGUAUAAUUCCAACUCCACCAAUCCAAAAUGAACCAAUAAACCCGUGUUCACCUUCUCCAUGUGGACCACACAGUCAAUGUCGAGAAGUCAACUUCCAAGCCGUAUGUUCAUGUUUAUCGAACUAUAUUGGAAGUCCGCCAAAUUGUCGUCCUGAAUGUCUCAUCAGUCAGGAUUGUUCACAAAAUCUUGCAUGCAUAAAUCAACACUGUAUCGAUCCUUGCAUUGGACAAUGUGGUCAAAAUACACAAUGUAAGACUAUCAAACAUCGACCAAUAUGUACAUGUAGCCCUGGAUAUACUGGAGACCCGUUCUCCAGAUGUUAUCUAAUUCCACCGUUACCACCACCACCACAAGAUGAACCAAUACCAACAAAUCCUUGUGUGCCGUCUCCGUGUGGACCAUAUUCUGAGUGUAAAAACUACGGAAAUUAUCCUUCAUGUAGUUGUCAACCACAAUACACGGGAAGUCCGCCAAAUUGUAGACCAGAGUGUACGAUCAAUGCAGAAUGUCCAAGCAAUAAUGCGUGCAUGAAAGAGAAAUGUCGAGAUCCAUGUCCUGGUUCAUGUGGAAUUGGAUCAGUUUGUAACGUAUUGAAUCACGUUCCUAUUUGUCAAUGCCCUGAUGGAUUCACUGGUGAUCCAUUUGUGAGUUGUUAUCUGAAACCCCAAGCUCCUAUUGCUGACGUAGAAACAGACCCAUGUAGUCCAUCCCCGUGUGGUACAAACGCAAUAUGUAAUAAUGGACUUUGUACAUGUCUUCCUGAAUACCACGGAGAUCCAUAUACUGGGUGUAGACCAGAAUGUGUUCUUAACGACGAAUGCUCAAGGGAUAAAGCUUGCAUUCGAAAUAAAUGUAUAAAUCCAUGUCCAGGGACGUGUGGCUACAAUGCCAUAUGUGAAGUAUAUAAUCAUAUACCCAUGUGUCGAUGUCCAGAAGGAUUAGCAGGUGAUGCCUUUACUCAAUGUCAACCAAUAUUACAAGAUCCAAUUAUUAAUCAGCCAUGUAAUCCAUCACCUUGUGGACCCAACAGUCAAUGUAGGGAAAUGAACAAUCAAGCAGUAUGUUCUUGUAUCGUGGGAUAUGUGGGUAGCCCACCAUCGUGUAGACCAGAAUGCACAAUUAAUGCGGAUUGCUAUUUGACCGAAGCUUGUUCAAACCAAAAGUGUAGAAAUCCUUGUAUAGGAACGUGUGGUGUUGGAGCUAAAUGCCAGGUUAUAAAUCAUAAGCCUAUAUGUAGCUGUCCACCAAGCAUGACUGGUGAUCCAUUUGUACGCUGCCAUGCCAUAUUGGCACUUCCUGAACCUGUGAGUAAUCCAUGUAUACCAUCUCCUUGUGGACCUAAUUCACAAUGCCAAGUAAAAGGAGAUACGCCAUCUUGUUCAUGUUUACCUGAAUUUAUCGGAUCGCCUCCAAAUUGCAAACCAGAAUGCAUUAGCAAUAGUGAAUGCUCCUAUAACAAAGCAUGUGUCUAUAUGAAAUGUAAAGAUCCAUGUCCAGGAUCUUGUGGUCAAAAUGCUAUAUGUCAAGUAGUAAGUCAUGUGCCUAGAUGUUCAUGUUUAUCUGGUUAUGUUGGUGAUCCAUUUAUACAAUGUUAUAUUCAACAAGCUGACCCAGUACCCACUGAGUAUUUAUCUCCGUGUGAGCCUUCUCCGUGUGGUACUAAUGCUGUUUGUAAAGAACAAAACGGCGCUGGUUCAUGUAGUUGUCUCCCUGGAUUUGAAGGAAAUCCUUAUGAUGGAUGCAGAUAUGAAUGCACACUGAACACAGACUGCGCAUCUAAUAAAGCAUGUAUUCGAAAUAAGUGCCAAAAUCCUUGUCCUGGAUCUUGUGGACCAAACGCAGAAUGUUUAGUAAUAAAUCACCUUCCUAUGUGCACAUGUUAUAAUGGUUACACAGGAGAUCCUUUCAAAUACUGUAAUUUGAUUCCUCCUCAAAUUGUGCAAUCUGAGCCCUAUGCUCCUUGUGUUCCAUCACCAUGUGGACCUAAUAGUCAAUGUAAAGAAAUAAAUGGACAAGCAGUUUGUUCAUGUCUCCCUACGUAUCAUGGAAGUCCUCCUGGCUGUAGACCUGAAUGUGUAUUGAGUUCUGAAUGCAGUGAUAUUCACGCAUGCGUUAAUCAAAAAUGUGUCAACCCAUGUCCUGGACCGUGUGGUUCAAAUGCUAUUUGCAAAGUUAUAAAACAUAACGCAAUAUGUUCCUGUCAACUCGGGUAUCAAGGCGAUCCAUUCUCCCGUUGUUAUUUAAUUCCACCACCACCGCCACCACAACAAGAUGAAGUUACUUACUUGAACCCGUGUAUUCCAUCUCCAUGUGGUUUAUAUUCAGAAUGUAGAGAUAUUGGUGGUGUACCAUCAUGUUCAUGUUUAUCACAAUAUUUUGGUAGUCCACCAAAUUGUAGACCUGAAUGUGUGAUAAAUAAUGACUGUCGGAGCAAUUUAGCAUGUAUUCGAGAGAAAUGUCAAGACCCAUGUCCAGGAUCUUGUGGUAUUGAUGCAUACUGCAACGUUAUAAAUCACACUCCGAAUUGUGUAUGCCGAGAAGGUUUCAUUGGAGAUCCCUUCACAUCGUGCUAUAUAAAACCAAUACAAAACAUUCCAGAACCUGUUGAAAAAGACCCAUGUUAUCCAUCCCCAUGUGGACCAAACGCAAUAUGUAAUAAUGGCCAAUGUUCAUGUAUUAAUGAAUACUAUGGAGAUCCAUACUCAGGUUGUAGACCAGAAUGUGUAAUUAACAAUGACUGUCCAAGAGACAAGGCUUGUGUUCGUAAUAAAUGCAUGAACCCGUGUAAAGACACCUGUGGUGAAAAUGCUAUAUGUGAUGUUUAUAACCAUAUACCAAUGUGCCGCUGUCCAGAAGGAACAGAAGGAAAUGCAUUUAUUAGAUGCUCGGCAUUACAACAAGCGCCAAUCGAUAUUCAUCCUUGUUAUCCAUCACCAUGUGGACCAAACAGUCACUGUAAAGAAAUAAAUAGUCAAGCUGUAUGCUCUUGUAUCAUUGGAUAUUUGGGAGUUCCACCAUCAUGUCGACCUGAAUGUAUUGUAAACUCAGAUUGUAAUAGUAAUAAAGCUUGUUCUAAUCAAAAAUGCAUUGACCCGUGUAUUGGAGUAUGUGGUGUAAACUCAAAAUGCCAGGUUAUCAACCACAGCCCCAUUUGUAGUUGUGCACCCAGUUUUAUGGGAAACCCAUUUGUUCGAUGUUACCCAAAACCUGCUGAUAUCCCUCAACCUGUUGGAAAUCCUUGUAUUCCAUCGCCUUGUGGACCAAACUCUCAAUGUAAAGUGCAAGGUGAAUCGCCAUCAUGUUCUUGUUUACCUGAAUUUAUUGGCUCACCUCCAAUUUGUAAACCUGAAUGUGUAAGUAAUAGUGAAUGUCCAAUUCACUUAUCCUGCAUAAACAUGAAAUGCAAAAAUCCUUGCAUUGGAGCCUGUGCCCCAAGUGCUGAAUGUAGAGUAAUAAGUCAUACACCAAGAUGUACAUGCCCUGUUGGACAUAUUGGAAACCCGUAUACUGAAUGUACAAUAAUUCAAGCUGAUCCUAUCCCACAAGAAUAUUUAAAUCCUUGUGAGCCAUCUCCGUGUGGCAUAAAUGCCAUUUGUAAAGAACAAAACGGAGCCGGAUCUUGUUCUUGUCUACCUGAAUACUUUGGAAAUCCAUACGAAGGAUGUAAGCCUGAAUGUAUUGUAAAUGCCGAAUGUCAGUCCAACAAAGCAUGUAUUAGUAAUAAAUGUAAAGAUCCAUGCCCUGGAACAUGUGCUCAAAAUGCUGAAUGUCAAGUCAUUAAUCAUUCACCGACAUGCACAUGUUAUAAUGGGUAUACCGGUGACCCAUUCAGAUACUGCCAUAUCAUACCACCACAACAAACUGAAGUACAGCCUAUUUAUCCAUGUACACCAUCUCCUUGUGGACCAAAUAGUCAAUGUCGAGAAAUAAAUCAGCAAGCAGUUUGUUCAUGUUUACCAAACUAUGUAGGAAGUCCUCCCGGAUGUCGCCCAGAAUGUGUAUUGAACGCAGAAUGUUCAGCAAGUCUCGCUUGUAUUAAUCAAAAAUGUAAAAACCCUUGUGAAGAUCGGUGUGCACAAAAUGCCAACUGCAGGGUGUUCAACCAUAGUCCUGUGUGUUCAUGCGCUCCUGGAUAUACUGGAGAUCCAUUUUCACAUUGUCAUGCUAUACCCCCUCCACCACCACCAACGCAAAACGAACCUAUUUAUAUAAACCCAUGCAUACCGUCACCAUGUGGCGCCUAUGCUAUAUGUCAAGACAACGGAGGUACUCCAUCAUGCUCCUGCUUGGCUCAAUACAUUGGAUCACCACCAAACUGUAGACCAGAAUGUAUUAUGCAUUCCGAAUGUCCUAGUAAUGAAGCUUGUAUUAGAGAAAAAUGUCAAGACCCAUGUCCGGGAUCCUGUGGCUGGGGUGCUCAAUGUAAUGUAAUUAACCAUACACCUAUGUGUACUUGUCCAGAGGGAUAUGAAGGAAAUCCGUUUGCGAAGUGUGACAUAAAGCCAGUAAUUCAAGCUCCAGUCUACUCAGAUCCAUGUAAUCCAUCACCUUGUGGUCCAAAUGCUCAAUGUAAUAAUGGCGUAUGCACAUGCUUAAGUGAAUACCAAGGAGAUCCAUACACUGGAUGUAGACCUGAAUGUGUACUAAAUAAUGAUUGUCCACGAAACAAAGCAUGUAUAAAAAAUAAAUGUAUAGAUCCUUGUCCUGGAAUUUGUGGGCAAAAUGCUAUUUGUGAUGUUUAUAAUCAUAUACCGAUGUGUCGUUGUCCAGAAGGAAUGCAAGGCAAUGCUUUUGUUUUUUGUAGUCCAAAACAAAACGAACCUGAGAUAUAUGAGCCAUGUAAACCAUCCCCUUGUGGACCAUUUAGUCAAUGUAGGGAAGUAAAUAAACAAGCAGUAUGUUCGUGUGUCUCGGGAUACACUGGAUUACCACCAUUAUGCCGUCCUGAAUGUAUUUCAAGUUCAGACUGUAGACAAAAUCAAGCAUGUUCCAAUCAAAAAUGUAUAGACCCAUGUCCAGGAACUUGUGGUAUAAAUGCUAAAUGCCAAGUUAUAAGCCACAGUCCUAUAUGUAGCUGUCCAACGGGAUAUACUGGAAAUGCCUUUAUGAAUUGCUAUCAAAUUCCUGCUGAUAUACCAUUAAUAGUGGGCAAUCCAUGUGUCCCAACACCGUGUGGACCUAAUUCACAAUGUCAAGUAAAAGGAGACACACCUUCUUGUUCGUGUUUGCCUGAGUUCAUCGGAUCUCCUCCAAAUUGCAAACCAGAAUGUGUCACUAAUAGUGAAUGUUCCUAUAACAAAGCAUGUAUGAAUAUGAAAUGUAAAGAUCCUUGUCCAGGAUCAUGCGCAGUCAAUGCUAUAUGUCAAGUUUUAAGUCACGCUCCUACUUGUCAUUGUCAACAAGGUUAUGUUGGAAAUCCAUUUACAUUCUGUUCAGUUCAACAAGAUCCUAUACCUCAAGAAUAUAUUAAUCCAUGCGUACCUUCACCAUGUGGUGUGAAUGCAGUAUGUAAAGAACAAAACGGAGCAGGAUCAUGUACUUGCUUACCAGAAUAUAUAGGCAAUCCUUAUGAAAGUUGUAGACCAGAAUGUACAAUUAAUUCUGAUUGCGUUUCCAAUAAAGCAUGUAUGAUGAAUAAGUGUAGAGAUCCGUGUCCAGGAACAUGCGGUCAAAAUGCAGAAUGUCAUGUCAUUAACCAUUUACCAGUCUGUACUUGUUUAAAUGGUUAUAAUGGUGACCCAUUCAAAUAUUGUUCAGUUAUUAUACCACCACAAGAUGCUCCAAUAGAACCAAUAAACCCAUGUUAUCCGUCACCCUGUGGUCCGAAUAGUCAAUGUAAAUCCAUCAAUAACCAAGCAAUAUGUUCAUGUUUACCUACAUUCAUUGGAAGUCCCCCAGGGUGUAGACCAGAAUGUGUAAUGAGUUCAGAAUGUAAAAGUUAUGAAGCGUGUACAAACCAAAAGUGUUCUGACCCAUGCAGUGAUAUUUGUGGAAAAAAUGCUGAUUGCAAAGUCAUAAAUCACAGUCCAAUUUGUACUUGUCGACCUAAAUUCACUGGAGAUCCAUUCACUCACUGUUUCCCAAUACCAUUACCACUGCCUCAAUAUGUGCCUACUGAAUAUGUAAACCCAUGCAUACCAUCACCUUGUGGUCCCUAUUCGCAAUGCUAUGAUAACCAAGGAGUUCCAUCAUGCAGUUGUCUUUCUCAAUACACCGGAAGCCCACCAAAUUGUAGACCAGAAUGUGUUAUGAAUUCAGAAUGCCCAUCUAACAAAGCAUGUAUAAGCGAACAUUGUAGAGAUCCAUGCCCUGGAUCAUGUGGUUACAAUGCUGAAUGUAAUGUCCUGAAUCAUACACCAAUGUGUGUCUGUCCAUACGGCAUGAUUGGUGAUCCUUUUACUAGUUGUUAUUCUAAACCACAAGAAAAUAUUCCAGUUGUACACAGUGAUCCGUGUAAUCCAUCGCCGUGCGGUUAUAAUGCAGAAUGUAAUAAUGGUGUUUGUACUUGCUUAUUAGAAUAUCAAGGAAAUCCUUAUAUGGGAUGUAGACCUGAAUGUGUAAUAAAUAAUGACUGUUCACAAAAAGAAGCUUGUAUAAAAAAUAAAUGUAAAGAUCCUUGUCCUGGAAUUUGUGGACAAAAUGCUAUUUGUGAUGUAUAUAAUCAUAUACCAAUGUGUCGAUGCCCUGACAAAAUGUCUGGAAAUGCUUUCCUUCAAUGCAAGCCAGUUGAAAUUCAAGCUCAAGUUUAUCCAUGCAACCCUUCACCUUGUGGAUCUAAUAGUCAAUGUAGAGAAAUUAAUAAUCACGCUGUAUGUUCAUGUAUAUCAAAUUACAUUGGGUCGCCUCCUUUGUGUAGACCAGAAUGUACUACUAAUUCUGAUUGUAAUCAAAAUGAAGCUUGUAGUAAUCAAAAGUGUAAAGAUCCAUGUCCUGGAACAUGUGGAAUAGGAGCUAAAUGUCAAGUUAUUAACCAUAGUCCAAUAUGCAAUUGUCCAUCAGGAUAUACAGGAAAUUCUUUUGUCCACUGCCAUCCAAUCCAAGCGGCCCCAGUUGAAGUGUUCAAUGAAAACCCUUGCGUACCAUCACCAUGUGGAUUCAAUGCUCAAUGUCAAGACAUUGGAGGUCAACCAUCAUGCUCUUGUUUGCCUCAGUUUAUUGGUUCUCCCCCAAAUUGUAAACCAGAAUGUAUAAUCAAUAGUGAAUGUCCAUAUCACUUAGCAUGUAAAAACAUGAAAUGUCGAGAUCCAUGUCCAGGAACAUGUGGCCAGAAUACAGAAUGCAAAGUUAUUAGUCACGCCCCGCAAUGUUAUUGUUUAUCUGGUUAUACUGGAAAUCCAAUAAUACAAUGCAAUAUACAACAUGCUGAUCCGGCUCUUCAAGAAUAUUUCAAUCCAUGCCAACCAUCACCUUGUGGUUCAAAUGCAGUAUGCAAAGAGCAAAACGGUGCUGGUUCAUGCACGUGUUUACCAGAAUACUUCGGUGAUCCAUAUAGAGGAUGCAUGCCUGAAUGUGUGGUUAAUUCAGACUGCCCACAAAAUGAAGCCUGCAGGAGGAAUAAAUGUGAAAAUCCUUGCCCAGGACUAUGUGGUCAAAACGCAGAAUGUCAGACAAUUAACCAUGUGCCCAUGUGUACAUGUUCCAAUGGAUAUACUGGGGAUCCAUUCAGAUAUUGUUCAUUUAUACCACCACAACAAACUCCAAUUGAACCAACUAAUCCAUGCAGUCCAUCGCCUUGUGGACCAAAUAGCCAAUGCAGAGAACUCAAUGGUCAAGCAAUAUGUUCAUGUCUUCCAGAAUUUAUUGGAAGUCCUCCUAGUUGUCGACCGGAAUGUUUAAUAAGUACUGAAUGUAAUCGUGAUAAAGCAUGUAUAGGACAAAAAUGUAAAGAUCCAUGCCCCGGAAUGUGUGGUCAUAAUGCCAAUUGUCAAACUAUUAACCAUAGUCCUAUUUGUACAUGUACUUCAGGAUACACUGGAAAUCCAUUUUCUCAAUGCUAUCAACUACCAAAGCCUCAAAUACAACAAACUCCACCAGAACCAUUGAAUCCAUGUAUUCCAAAUCCUUGUGGAUCAUAUUCAAUAUGUCAAGACCAAGGAGGUUAUCCAUCGUGUUCCUGUUUAUCUCAGUACAUAGGCACUCCACCAAAUUGUAGACCCGAGUGUGUUAUCAGUGCUGAAUGUCCAAGCAAUAAAGCUUGUAUGAAUGAAAAGUGUAAAGAUCCAUGCCCUGGUUCUUGUGGGGUUGGAGCUAUUUGUACUGUGAACAAUCAUACACCUAAUUGUUACUGUCCAAGUGGAUAUACAGGAGACCCAUUCAAUUCAUGUAUCCUUAAACCACCACAAAACGAUCCAGAAAUACCAAAUAUUGAUCCAUGCUACCCAUCACCAUGUGGUUCAAACGCGAAUUGUAACGAUGGCAAAUGCACUUGCUUACCAGAAUAUCAAGGAGAUCCUUAUGUUGGAUGUAGACCGGAAUGUAUAAUAAACGACGAAUGUCCUAGAAAUAAAGCUUGCAUUAGAAAUAAAUGCAAAGAUCCAUGUCCAGGAACUUGUGCUCAUAAUGCAAUUUGUGAUGUGUAUAACCAUAUUCCAAUGUGUAGAUGCCCCGAAGGAAUGUCUGGAAAUGCAUUUAUAGACUGUCAACCACAGCAAGUUUCUGUGGUACAAGACUAUUGUAAUCCUUCACCGUGUGGUCCAAACAGUAUUUGUCAAGAAAUAAAUCAACAAAGUAUGUGUUCUUGUAUAACUGGAUACAUCGGAUCUCCACCAACUUGUCGUCCAGAAUGCACAGUUAAUUCCGAUUGCAUUUUGAGUAAAGCUUGUAGCAAUCAAAAAUGUCGGGAUCCUUGCCCUGGAACAUGUGGAAUAAGUGCUAAAUGUCAUGUUGUUAAUCAUAAUCCGAUAUGCAGCUGUCCUCCUGGUUUUACAGGCAAUGCAUUUGUGCAAUGCAGUCAAAUACCGAUUAUUGAAGAUGAACCAGUUCGAAACCCAUGUGUUCCUUCGCCUUGUGGUCCAUAUUCACAAUGUCAAGUUCAAGGAACGUCUCCAUCGUGUUCUUGCUUGACUGAAUAUAUUGGAUCACCACCAAAUUGUCGACCUGAAUGUGUUAGUAACAGUGAAUGUUCGUAUAAUUUGGCUUGUAUAAAUAUGAAAUGCAAAGAUCCAUGUCCUGGAUUAUGUGGAGAAAAUGCCUUAUGUCGUGUUAUCAGCCAUUCUCCAAUGUGUUACUGCGUACAUGGUUAUACUGGAAAUCCAAUGGUUCAAUGUGUGGUUCAACAAGAUGCAGUUGUAAUAAGAGAUGAUCCACAUCCUUGCACUCCAUCCCCCUGUGGAGCAAAUGCCCAAUGUAGAGAACAAAAUAAUGCGGGCUCGUGUAGCUGUUUACCUGGAUAUUUUGGAAAUCCGUAUGAAGGUUGUAGACCAGAGUGUAUUGUUAAUACAGAUUGCUCUCCGAGUAAAGCUUGUAUACAAUACAAGUGUCAAAAUCCUUGUCCCGGAAAUUGUGGUUUGAAUGCAGAUUGUCAAGUGAUUUACCAUGUUGCAUCAUGCGUUUGUAAUCCAGGUUACACGGGUAACCCAUACCGAUCCUGUAAUUUUAUAACUCCACAAAUUACUCAAAUGGAACCAAUAUACCCGUGUAUUCCAUCACCAUGUGGUCCGAAUAGUCAAUGCAGAGAAUUAAAUAAUCAAGCUGUAUGUUCUUGUUUGCCAUCCUUUAUCGGAAGUCCACCUAUGUGUCGUCCUGAAUGUACAACUAGUGCAGAAUGCCCAACAAAUUUAGCAUGUGUAAACAAGAAAUGUGUAGAUCCUUGUCCAGGAGUAUGUGGACAAAGUGCUAAUUGCAGAGUUGUAAAUCACAGUCCAUUGUGCAUAUGCAAUUCAGGAUUCACAGGAGAUCCAUUUUCUAUUUGCUAUCCAAUACAAAAUUCUCCAGAACCUCAACCUCAGCCACCGAUAAACCCGUGCAUACCAUCACCAUGUGGUGCCUAUUCACAAUGUCAAAAUUACGGAGGUUCUCCUUCGUGUACAUGUCUCCCAUCGUAUAUAGGAUCUCCACCAAAUUGUAAACCAGAGUGCACAAUUAAUGCUGAUUGUCCAAGUAAUGUGGCGUGUAUUAGAGAGAAAUGUAGAGAUCCGUGUCCAGGUUCUUGUGGAUUGAAUGCCCAUUGCCAAGUGUUAAAUCACAUUCCUAUGUGCAUUUGUCCAGAAGGCUAUUCUGGAGAUCCGUUUAUGAGCUGUUACAUCAAACCAGAACCACCAAUUCAACAAGCCUCGGAUCCUUGUAAUCCUUCUCCAUGUGGAUCAAAUGCUUUGUGCAAUAAUGGCAUUUGUACGUGCAUUUCCGAAUACCAAGGAGAUCCCUAUAGCAUAUGCAGACCAGAAUGUGUCCUUAACAAUGAAUGCCCUCAAAAUAAAGCAUGCAUACGAAAUAAAUGUAUGGAUCCUUGUCCAGGAACCUGUGGUCAAAAUGCGUUGUGUGAUGUUUAUAAUCACAUACCAAUGUGUAGAUGUCCUCAAGGAAUGAAUGGAAAUGCAUUUAUUGAAUGUUUAACAUAUCAAGCUCCAAUUGAAACAAACCCAUGCCAACCAUCUCCAUGUGGUCCCAACAGUCAAUGUAGAGAAGUUAAUGGCUAUUCAAUGUGUUCUUGCCUUAAUGGAUAUUUUGGAACACCACCAUCUUGUCAUCCUGAAUGUUCCAUUGAUUCUGAUUGUAGUCAAAAUAGGGCAUGUUCAAAUCAAAAAUGCCGCGACCCGUGUCCGGGGGCUUGUGGAGAGAAUGCUCAAUGCCACACUAUAAGUCAUAGACCACAUUGUACAUGUCCACCAGGUUUCACCGGAAACGCAUUUUCUAGAUGCUAUGUACAACAAUUACCACCAGAACCAAUACAAAAUCCAUGUGUACCGUCGCCUUGUGGCCCAAAUUCUCAAUGCCAAGUUAAUGGAAAUUCUCCAUCAUGUUCAUGUGAACUUGACUAUAUUGGCUCACCGCCUAACUGUCGACCAGAAUGUAUCAGUAAUAAUGAAUGUGCUUAUCAUCUUGCCUGUAUCAAUAUGAAAUGUAAAGACCCUUGUCCCGGUUCGUGUGCUUCAAAUGCUAUAUGCAAAGUAAUUAGUCACACUCCGAGAUGUAGCUGUCCACCUGGUUAUAAUGGUGAUCCAUUCACACAAUGCAUAAUAAAACAAGCGGAACCAAUUCAAGAAAUAAUAAAUCCUUGUAGACCAUCACCUUGUGGUCCCAAUGCGUUAUGUAAAGAACAAAACAAUGCGGGUUCCUGCAUCUGUCUACCUGAAUAUUAUGGAAAUCCUUACGAAGGAUGUCGACCUGAGUGUAUGGUUAAUACAGACUGUAAUGCUAACAAAGCAUGCAUGUCAAACAAAUGUAAAGACCCAUGCCCAGGAACUUGUGGCAGUAAUGCUAAAUGUCAAACUAUUAACCACAUACCAAUGUGCACUUGUUUACCUGGUUAUGUUGGAGAUCCAUUUAAAUACUGUCAAAUUAUACAACCACAACAAGUUGAAAUUGUACCAAGUUAUCCAUGCAUCCCAUCUCCGUGUGGUCCAAACAGUUUGUGUAAAGAGAAUAACGGACAAGCAAUUUGCUCGUGUUUACCAUCCUAUAUAGGAACUCCGCCUGGAUGUAGACCCGAAUGUGUCACUAACGCUGAAUGUGUGCAAAACAAAGCAUGUAUAAAUCAAAAAUGUGUAGAUCCUUGUCCAGGAACAUGUGGACAAAAUGCGUAUUGCCAAACAAUAAACCAUCAUCCAAUAUGUAAAUGUAUUUCUGGUUACACGGGUAAUCCAUCUACAUACUGUUCCUUAAUACAACCUGUACCUCAAGACACACCUGUUAUUGUUAACCCUUGUUCGCCUUCACCUUGUGGUCCUUACUCGCAAUGUGUAGCAUAUGGCAACUCGCCAUCUUGUUCGUGUUCACCGACAUAUGUUGGUAGUCCACCAAAUUGUAGACCUGAAUGUAUUGUUCAUGCUGAGUGUCCAAGCAAUAUGGCUUGCAUGAGAGAAAAAUGCAGAGAUCCGUGUCCAGGGUCUUGUGGUUUAGGAUCACAGUGCAAUGUGAUUAACCAUGUACCAAUUUGUACAUGCCCAGCUGGUUAUAUAGGGGAUCCAUUUGUCAGCUGUUAUAUAAAACCAAGCCCACCUCCAAAGCCACAAUAUACAGACCCAUGUUAUCCAUCUCCAUGUGGACCAAGUGCUACAUGUAACAAUGGAAUUUGUUCAUGUAUACUCGGUUAUCAAGGUGACCCCUACCGUGGUUGUCGACCGGAAUGUGUUUUAAAUGAAGAUUGUGCUAAAGAUAAAGCAUGUGUGAAAAACAAAUGCGUCAAUCCAUGUGUAGGCACUUGUGGAAACAAUGCAAUUUGUGAAGUUUAUAAUCAUAUACCAAUGUGCCAUUGUCCAUCUGGAAUGACUGGAAAUGCAUUUAUUACAUGUCAUCAAAUAGUGCUGCAGGAACCAGUGAUACAAAAUCCAUGUUCGCCUUCGCCAUGUGGUCCAAAUAGUCAAUGUCGAGAUGUAAACAAUCAACCGAUUUGUACAUGUUUACCUACUUUCUUUGGAUACCCUCCCAAUUGUCGACCUGAAUGUACUGUUAAUUCGGAUUGUUCUAUGAACACUGCUUGUUUAAAUCAGCGUUGUAGAGACCCGUGCCCGGGAACUUGUGGUAUGAGUGCAGAAUGCCAAGUCAUAAAUCAUAAUGCAAUAUGUAGUUGUCCACUACAUUUAACGGGAGAUCCAUUUUCGAAAUGCUACUAUCCGGUUGUAUCAAAACCACAACAAGAUCCGAUUAACCCUUGCGUACCAAGCCCAUGUGGACCUUACUCAGAAUGCCAUGUAACUUUGAACUCUUACACAUGCACAUGUUUACCAAACUACCAAGGAUCACCUCCACAGUGUCGUCCAGAGUGUAUUUCGAAUAGCGAUUGUAGAUAUAAUUUAGCAUGUAUCAAUAUGAAAUGCAAGGAUCCGUGUGUUGGUUCGUGUGGUUUAAAUACUGAAUGUCAUGUAUUUAACCAUAUACCUCAAUGCACUUGUCUUCAAGGAUUUGUUGGAAAUCCUUUCGUAUCAUGUCAUAUUCAUCAAGCACAGCCUGUUCAACCAACACCAACAUCACCAUCGGAUCCUUGUUACCCCUCACCGUGUGGACCUAAUGCUAGAUGUCGUGUUGAAAACCAGAAUGCCAUUUGUGAAUGUUUACCAGAAUAUCAAGGAAAUCCGUACGAGUCUUGUAGACCAGAAUGCCUUGUUAGCUCUGAUUGCACCAUGAACAAGGCUUGUAUUAGAAAUAAAUGCCAAGACCCAUGUCCUGGUACAUGUGGCAUAUCUGCUAUAUGUUUUGUGUCAAAUCAUAUACCAAUAUGUUCAUGCCCAGAAAGUUUAACUGGUGAUCCUUUCCAAAUGUGUCACCCAAUACCAGUUAGAGAUCCAAUUCCAUCUGAUCCAUGUGUUCCGUCACCUUGUGGACCAAAUACUCGUUGCCGCAUAAUGAAUGGCGCUGCUAUCUGUGAGUGUUUACAAGGAUAUGAAGGAUCUCCAUCAACAAGUGGAUGCAGGCCUGAAUGCGUGAUUAGUCCUGAUUGUCCUCGUAAUAGAGCUUGCGUUAACAAUAAAUGUGUCGACCCGUGUAUUGGUGUAUGUGGGUAUGAUGCAAUUUGUCAAACUAUUAACCACAGCCCGGUUUGUUCUUGUCCACCACCCACUAUUGGAGAUCCAUUUGUUGAAUGUAAACAACAACCAGCUUUGCCAAGUGACCCAUGUAACCCGUCCCCGUGCGGUAGCAAUGGUCAGUGUAGAGUAAUCGGAAAAGUUGCAUCUUGUGUUUAUCCGGAAUGUAUUAUUAACCAAGAUUGUCCAAGAGAUAAGGCUUGUUUCACACAGAAAUGCCAAGACCCGUGUCGAGAUGUUUGUGGAUUAAACGCUAUUUGUCAAGUAGUAAAUCACAAUGCUCUAUGCUCAUGUCCACCAGGAUACUAUGGAGAACCUAAACAGCAGUGCAUAAUACAACGAACACCAGAACCUAAGCCAGAAUGUACUACUGAUGGAGAAUGUUCCAACGACAAAGCCUGUAUAAAUUAUGUCUGUAAAGACCCGUGUCAAGAAUCACCAACUACUUGCGCGAGAAAUGCAUUAUGCUAUGUUCAGAAACACAGAUCAGUGUGUGUAUGCAGAGAUGGAAUGACUGGAAAUGCUCAAAUACAAUGUGUAGAAAUUGGUUGUCGUGCUGAUACCGAUUGUCCACCAGAAAAAUCAUGUGUUAAUGGAGAUUGCGUUGACCCAUGUGCUUACACUCAUUGUGGUAUCAACGCACUUUGUCGAACUGAUGGGUACCACAGAGCUAGAUGUUAUUGCCCUCCCGCGUAUGAAGGAGAUCCAUUUGUAGAAUGUAGAAGACCUGAAUGUGUGGUCGAUUCAGACUGUCCGUCAACAUUAGCUUGUAGAAAUCAACAUUGUCAAAGUCCGUGUGAUUGUGCUCCAACUGCGUUAUGUAACGUGGCUAACCAUAUUGCUGCAUGUAGAUGUCCACCGGGUUACAUAGGAAAUCCUCAUACUUCUUGUACUUUAACUCCACUCGCUAUUCCACCUCAGUGCACGAUGGACUCGGACUGUGCUAGUAAGUUGGCCUGUUUCAACGGAGAUUGCAAAAACCCAUGUUAUGAGAUAAAACCAUGUGGGCCAAAUGCUGAGUGUAUUGUAGUAGAUACGUUACCUCAUAGAACUAUGUCAUGUCAGUGUAUUCCAGGCUAUGUUGGCGAUGCCGACAUCCAAUGUAAACUAGGUGCCCCAUCAUCAGUAGGUUGUAUCUCUAAUGACGAUUGCCAACCGACAGAUUUGUGCUUAAACCGUCAAUGUGUUAAUCCAUGCACUGUAUCUAACCCUUGUUCAUCUACUGCAAUGUGCACAAUUAAUAAUCACAAAGCCGUUUGUAAAUGUCCAGACGGCCUUUCUGGUGAUCCAUUCAUCAGUUGUUACAAAGUACCACUGGCUACACCAGAAUGUACAACAGAUUCUGAAUGCCCAAGUUCUAAAAUAUGUGCCAAUCAAUAUUGCCAAGACCCGUGUCAAAUAUCUAAACCAUGUGACACUACUGCUGAAUGUGUUACAAUUAACCAUCGACCAAUUUGUAAUUGUCCAAAUGGAUGGGCAGGAAAUCCUCAAAUUCAGUGUUAUAAACCUGGUUGCAAGACCGAUAGCGAUUGUGUUUAUGAUAAAGCAUGCAUCAACAGCAAUUGUUUGAACCCAUGUUCUACUCAGAGUUGUGGACAUGGAGCUGAUUGUAUUGUACAAGCCCACAAAGCUCAUUGCAUUUGUCCGGCAGGUACACAAGGUUCACCAAUGGUAUCUUGCGUAUCAGUAGUGUGCCAAUAUAAUGAAGACUGUGCAGAUCAUGAAGCAUGCGACAGAUUAAACAGAAGAUGCAGACCUGUCUGUGAACAAGACACUUGUGCUGAGCAGGCAACAUGUUUAGCCCAAGCUCACCAACCAACAUGCACAUGUCUGAAUGGCUUCCAAGGCAAUCCUUACAUUGAAUGCAUUGAAUCAAGAGUACCAUCAAUAACUCCUGAGUGCACAACUGAUUCUGACUGUCCAUCACAACAUGCUUGUGUAAAUCAAAGAUGUCAAAAUCCUUGUACCAUUUCUGUACUCUGUUCGCCAGAUCAAGAGUGCCAUGUUCAAGAUACAGUUCCAUACAGAACAAUUAUGUGUCAAUGUAGAUCAGACACUGUAGCCACUAUAGAUGGCGGCUGCAAACCAAUAGUUUCCAUUACUCCUCAAUGUAAAAGCGAUCAAGAAUGUCCAUUAUCAGAAAGAUGUGUAAAUCAAGGAUGUGUAGAAGCAUGUCGAAUUGACCCAUGUGGUAUAAACGCACAAUGUAUCUCACAAAACCAUCAAGCUGCGUGUACGUGUCCACCAGGAUAUACAGGAAACCCACACACAGAAUGCUCACUUCAACAAUCGAUUCCAAUACUACCACCUUCGCCAGAAUGUACGAAAAACGAUGACUGUGCGUCAGACACAACUUGCGUCAACCAAAGAUGUAUUAGUCCGUGCACUUUAGGAGACAGUUGUGGCCGUGGGUCAUUCUGUCAUUCACAAAACCACCAACCCAUUUGCAGAUGUCCCAACGGUUACACCGGAGACCCUCGCAUAGCGUGCACUCCACCAUCGUCAGUACCAACCGUAGAAUGUGUAUCAAGCACUGAUUGUACUGCAGAAGAAUCGUGUAUCAACAGAAUGUGUGUGAGUCCAUGUAAUUGCGGACCCAACUCGGAUUGCAAAGUUAAUAAUCACUAUCCUAGUUGUAUUUGCAAGCCUGGGUAUUAUGGAAAUCCCCAACAAGGCUGCAUAAAAAUGGGAUGUAUAUCAGACGAUCAAUGUGCUUACGAUAAACAAUGUUACAACGGCGAAUGUGUUCCACCGUGUUUAUUGAGUGAUCCUUGUGCACCAACAGCAAAAUGUUACGGUGACAAUCACCGUGCUGCGUGCCAAUGUCCACCGGGUUACUUCGGCAAUCCGUUUGAUAAAUGUGAAAGAACUGAAUGUACAUACGAUGUAGACUGUCCGUCAGAUCGCAUGUGCUUCGACCAGCAUUGUAUCAAUCCGUGUACAGAACAACACGGCACUCCGUGCGCAUCAAACGCCAUCUGCUCUGUCAGAAACCAUGCCGCGGCGUGUAGAUGUCCAGAAAACUUCCCGAUGGGAGAUCCAAAUACUUACUGUGAACGUUUACCACCACCUUUGUUCGGUGAACCAGAAUGCAAAAUUGACGUGGACUGUGCCAGUCGUCUUGCAUGUAUCAGAGAAAAAUGUGUGAAUCCGUGUCAUGAUAUUAAACCCUGUUCAAAUAGUGCCACGUGUGCUGUCUUGGACAGUGUACCAGUUAGAACAAUGACGUGCACAUGUUCCGAAGGAUGGGUGCUAAACGAAGGUGGAGAAUGCAGACAAGUUGUUGUUUCCUCACCACCGGGAUGUACUACAAACGACGACUGUCCAUCAAACGAAGCAUGCCUUAACCGACAAUGCCGUAAUCCUUGUAAUUGUGGUACAAACGCCCAAUGUUUCGUUCAAAAUCACCAUCCGGUUUGUUCUUGCUUGGAAGGUUAUGAUGGAAAUCCAAACUUUGCUUGCAGAAUAGUGGGAUGUAAGAGGAAUUCCGAAUGUGAAUCCGGCAAGGCCUGUAUCAACGGCCACUGUCUAAAUCCGUGCAUAGUAGAAGAUCCGUGCGGCCCGAACGCCGAAUGUUUCACGGUUGCCAGCCGCCCCGAGUGUCGGUGCAAGAGCGGUUAUCGGGGAAACCCGUAUGACCGGUGCCUGGUGAUCGGCUGUCGCAGCAACAACGACUGUCCCAACGACCGAUCGUGCAUCAACGGCCAGUGUAUAAACCCGUGCGUGUACGAACACCCGUGUUCGUCGCAAGCCGAGUGCAAAGUACAAAAUCAUUUUGCCCUGUGCCGAUGUCCCCCGGGAAUGGCGGGCAACCCGUACGUGGCCUGCAGACAGGAAGUGCAACCAGAGUGCAAGGAAGACGCCGACUGUCCGUCGCUAUUGGCCUGUUUCGACAAUGUGUGUCGUAACCCGUGCACCGCGCUGGAACCGUGCAAACGGCCAGCCGAGUGCGUGGUGAUCGAUUCGCUGCCGGUCAGGACCAUGAUCUGCGAAUGUCCCAGCGGUUACGUGAGCAGCGGCAGCGGUACGUGCAAGAUCACUCCACCGAUGACGGCCGUAGCCUGUACCGCCGACACGCAAUGCCCGUCUGACAGGGCUUGUCUGAACGGCAGAUGCAUAGAUCCGUGCAACUGCGGCCCGAACUCCGAGUGUAGAGUGUGGGACCAUAAGCCGGUAUGCUCUUGUCUGGCCGGAUUCGACGGCAGCCCGGAGAUCGACUGUUCGAGAGCUGGAUGUCGAAGCGAAUCCGACUGUUCUGGUCAGCACACCUGCGUCAACCGUAUCUGCGUGGCUGUGUGCGCCGCGGACGGUAGCAGUUGCGGAACCGCGUCUGAAUGUUAUGGCAUCAACCAUCAAGCCGUGUGCGAAUGUCCGCCCGGAAUGGCCGGAAACCCACAGAUAGCCUGCGUGGUCGCCGGCUGUCGGUCGGACACGGAUUGUCCUAGCGACAAGGCGUGCAUAAACACCAAAUGUAUCGAUCCGUGCACCAGAAAUAAUCCAUGCGUGAAGCCAGCCGAGUGUACGGUGUACAACCACCGCACAGAUUGCGCUUGUCCACCAGGUUACGUUGGGAACGCCGGAACUACUUGCAAACAAAUCGAAGCCGGAUGUCAAAGCGAUUCCGAAUGUCCAUCACAGACGGGUUGCAUUAACAAAUUGUGCGUGAGCCCGUGCGACGUGUCUUCGCCGUGUGGAACCAACUCUAAAUGCAAAGUCCUCGACACCUUCCCGAUAAGAACAAUGACGUGUGAAUGUCUACCGGGUACACAAGGAAAUGCAGCCAUACGAUGUGACGAAGUUUCAAAAUGUCCAAUUGAUAAAGGCUACGUGAGGAAUGAUGAAGGAGAAUGCGUGUGUCCUCCAGGUACAGCCCUGAACCAAGAAGACGAAUGCCGUAGGUGCGUAGUCGAAUUGGGAUACAAGAUCGACGAACGCGGCCAUUGUGUAUGCGCUCUGGACAGAGGAUUGAUCAUUGACGAGAGAGGACGUUGCAUAUGUCCGACCGAACACGGUUACAGUUUGAACAUCUAUGGACAAUGCGUACCGAAAAACACAACACAACUCAGGACGGACUUCCCGAGACCAGACAUGGUAGUCACGUGUCUGUCGGACGGAGUCCAAGUGGAAAUCCAUAUUACAGAAAAAGGAUUUAACGGAGUGCUUUAUGUGAAGGGCCACAGUAAGAACGAACAGUGUAGACGAGUAGUAUCGAUGGCGCAAGACUCGUCACCCAAAACGGAAAUAUUCAAAGUCAACUUUGGAAACUGUGGACUUAUACACAUCAACGGCCAGGCUAGUUUUGUGUUGGUCAUACAGAAACAUCCGAAAUUAGUGACUUACAAAGCUCAAGCCUAUCACAUACGAUGCGUGUACAACACCGGAGAACAGAACGUCACGCUUGGCUUUAACGUGUCCAUGUUGACCACGGCUGGUACGAUAGCGAACACCGGACCACCACCUACGUGUCUGAUGAAGAUCGUCACGCACACCGGACAAGAAAUCGAUUCAGCCGAAAUAGGUGACAACCUAAUGCUACAAGUGGACGUCCAGCCGUCGAGCAUAUACGGAGGAUACGCCAGGAGCUGUGUGGCGAAAACGAUUGAAGAUAAUGUAGAAAACGAGUACAUUGUAACUGACGAGAAUGGGUGCGCGACCGACCCGACGAUAUUCGGCGAGUGGGACUACAACGCGGACACCCAAUCGCUGUUGGCCGGUUUCAACGCGUUUAAAUUCCCAAGUUCCGACAACAUACGAUUCCAGUGUAACAUACGCGUGUGCUUCGGCAAAUGCCAACCGGUGAAUUGCCGUGGCUACAACGCGUUCGGAAGACGCAGAAGACGUGAAAUAUCCAAGAACGACAACGGUCCCGACGACGAUGCACUUGAGUCUGCCCAGCGAGGACAGCUGAGAGAAGAGAUCACCAUCGAGUCGAACGCCAUUUUAACGUUCGAACGCAGGGAAGAACGACUGAUGGAUCCGACUGAAGCUCCAAUCAUUCAGCCCGCCGAGGACAUUUGUGUGUCAGUCAUCGGACUCAUCGUGGCCCUUGUCAUCACCGCCCUGCUAGCGCUGGUGGCCGUGGCCGUGGCUGUUUCGUGUUGGCUGAUGGCCUACAGGAGAACGCCGAACGUCAACGGGCCACUGCCGCAUCCGACCCAAGUGCCGAAUCCAAUGUUCAUGAAUCAUGAUCGGACGUCUUCCGAACCGUCUCCGGAUUACCUGACAUGAUAAAAACAACGAAGACUAAGACGACGACGAUUUUUGUUUUUCCGUCGUCGUUUACGCCACUACCUAUAUAACUUCUAUUAUUUUAUAAAAAAAAAAAUGUCUCACCUUACCACCCCCUCCCCAACAUAACAGUCGGGUAGUAAGUGCCUAACACAUUUUAUUAUUAUAUUAUUAUUAUUAUUUUAUAAAUACCUAUACACUGUUUUACGACUGUUAAUCGUUUGCCAUGUUUUGCGCUCGACAAAAGUCUCACGGGCCUUUAAUUAGCUGCAGACACUCGCCGUUCAAAAUAUUAAUAAUAAACAUCAUACAUUUAAUAAUUAGUACACAUCGUAAUGAUGACAUAAUAUUAUAAACUUUGGGCUGGGAAAACGUAACGAAAAGGGGAUCUAUCUGUAACGACUAUAUUCGUAACUGUAACGAGACGACGAGUGUUCCCCGAUUAAAGGCCUUUCUGUGAACUAGACGCGAUAUAAUUAGUCAAAACUACUCAAUUAAAACGUAAAUAAUUAUUUCUAACGUACAUAAUAUUAUUAUUCAUGUUUUAAUUGUUGUAUGGACAUCUCUUUCGAACGCUUACACUGCGCGUUUCGUAGCUUAAUUAAAUAGGUAUCUCACGCACAGACACAAGUCAUUAUUAAAAAAAUAUAUAUUAUACAUUUAUUAGAAUAUUCACAAUCCGAUGACGUGUUGUGCGAUACAUUUCUUCGAUUGGGUGACGUUUGGAGUAGUAAGCUUUCGGAAGACUUGUUCACUUUUAGUUUUAAGGUAUAUAUGUGUGUGUAUGUAAUAUAUUAGAAUUAAAUUUGUAAAAUCGUUUAACAUUUUAAUCGAAUGUUGUGUAUGAAAGUGUGAUAUAUGAAUAACUAUUAAUUUAUUAACAAAAUAAAUAAUUAAAAAAAAAAAAUUAACUUCCUAAAUAAACAUUAUUUUCAGUCAUUAGAAAAUCGUUAAAAAUGACUAAUUUUAUAUAUAUAUUACUCCUACUUAAAUCAAAACUGUUAAGUAUUCUUUUCAAGUCAUUAAUUAACAAAUUUAGGCUUUAGAUUAAAUUUAUAUAUUGUAGUACCUAACUAGCUGUAAGUACCAUUUAAGAUUGUCUUUUAUUGAAUUAAAAUACUAUAACAUUUUAACUAAAUAUUUCAGUAGGUAUUUCAUUUAAAAAAAAACAUCGUAAUAUGUAACAGUUAUUUUUUUUUAGAAAUUUAAAAUUAGAUAUUUAGAAUACAAUACUGUGUGAUAAUUAUGAAAAUAAUAAUUAAACGAAUAUUAUGCUUUUUUAAAA